CCGAAGUAAACCAACGUUUGGGCAACCUGAGCCAGUGAAGAAGGGACCCCCUGAGCCCAGGCUUAGUGAUGGAGGACCCUGGCUGUUCUCUGGAAGUCAGGUAAAUAAAGGAAAUAUCACUCCAACAUGUCUCACAUCCAUAAUGUGACAAUAAAUGGAGUUUAAAUCAAUAAACAAGGAUAACUAUAUAACCAGCUAUAUAGGAAGUCAUGGAAUGCAAGGCUUGGGGGGUUUUAAUAGGUGUUUUUCUUAAUUUAUUUUCCUAAAGAAUUGAUGUGCAAAUUCCACAUUUUUUGCUCUGUCUCAAUUUUAAAUCAAUAUUAACAUUCAAUCAGUCAGGAAAGGCAUUUCUUCUAUAUUUUUGUUUGCUCCAGAUUUCCCUUCGCAUUGUGAAAUUUAAAAAUUCUCUAUAGAAUUGGCCAUUUUCAGGAUUAUCCACUGAAUCAGGAAUUGUCAGGAAUUCACCAGGAAACUGCAGAUCUGUGUCCAUGCAUUUGUUCCACUCCCAAACCACAUUCAAAUAUCUUAAGUUGUGUUAUAUAUAUAUAUAUAAAAAAACAAAGACAAUGCUUUGCGCAUAUUUUGAUUUAGCAUGUGUGACAGGCUCAUCUUCAUGAAAUGGAGUUAGUUGUUAGCAAAAAUGGAGUUUCCCAUCUUAGCAUAACUUCUACGAAAUCCUAGAUCAGUAGAAUUAGCAUGACAAUACUCAGCUAAAACAAGAGAUCAAUAUAAGCUGAGUUGCUGACAUUUCUUUGCCCCACAAUCACUCAUUGUCUUAUUGUUGUUUUUUUUUUUUUUUUAUCAGUUUCUUAUAACUGCAGAGAUUUGCAAUACAUUCUACAGCUUUAAGGUCACCACUUCCCACUAGUUAAAUAAGUUCACCGUAGUGGUUAUAGUGCCAGGUGUGCCCUAGCACUGCUCCUUUGUAAUUAGUCAAACUAUUUUUGAACAGAUUGACUUCUCACCUAGAGUCCACCAGGCACCGUUUCCAGCUGCCAUUGCCAGAAGUCCCCAGGUAGAAACUUCUGCUAGCUCUUCUGAGACAAGCUCUGCAACAUAAGUCUUAUAUCAUUCACAGAGAGCACAACGUAUUUCUCUCAGCCUAUGACAAAAGCUCAGAAGGGCACUCCUGGCACCAUAGUCACUUCAGUGAGCUGUAAUGUUUAUGUUACUUGGACGGUUUCUUGUCUAUGAAAAAACAUAAAGGAAGUUUUAGGUUAAUGUUUCAGAAUUCCUUUUUGCAUCAUAUCAAUUCUAUAUGCAUUCCCUGCCUGUGCUGCCUAUUACCAUAUGACUUAACACAAUAUGGCCAUAUAAUGGAACCGAAUCCCUACGGCAGCACCAUUGUUGUGAAACACAUAUUUUGGGUGUGCCCCCAAUAUCCCUUUUUUUCUUUACAAUAUUGGCAUUUAUGGGAAACACAGAUGAAGAAAGAUACAGAUUUUCAGUUGUUUCCAGUGUUUAUUUGACGCCAUCCAUAUACAUACAUAUUACACAGUUAAAUUUAGGUGACCAGUUCCUUAUUCAUAACAUUUUUAUAGUGCACCCACUACAUUUCUGAACAAUCUCUCAUAUAGAGGCCUAUAAGUUCGCACUCACAAGUUAGUAUGGAGUGCAAGAACUAGCGGGUGAUGUGGACAUGGGGCGGACGCAGGACGUAGCCGUGCGUCGAGAGGAGGGGAUUGUGAUGCUCCCUCUAAAAAAACAAAAAUAGAAGAUCUGGAAGAUAGAUCCCGUAGAAAAAAACCUUAGGUUUCGUAAUUUCAAUGAUUCCAAUAAGCAAGAAAAUGUGCAACAUAUGUUACACGACUACUUUAAAGUCCUAGGUUUAAAACUGGAUGGCCACAAUGAGAAAAUCGAUAGAUGUCACAGACUGCACAAACCAUCAAAUAUAGCAUCUGAUAUUCCAAGAGAUAUAAUUACCUGCUUUCACUCGUUUGAAUUUAAAGAACAAGUAUUAAAAGCUAACAGAGAGAAACUUAUAAAAGAUGGUCGUUAUGCAAAUAUCAUAGCACUUCCAGACCUAUCCUAUAAUACUAGAAAUAAGAGAAGAAUGUUUUCACCUGAAAUUAAUAUUUUAAAGCAACAUAAAAUCAGAUUCAGAUGGAGCUAUCCUACGAAGAUGAUUAUCCAAAUGGAUGGAAAAAUAGAGACCUUUGAUCAACCAGAUACGCUAAAGACAUGGCUACAGAAUAAAUCACUGAAUUAAUCUCUAAUAGGGACUUUCAAGGUUUAGGAGGAAUUAGGUAGACUAAGAGGUCGGAGAGAAUUAAAUUUAUAAAUGUAUAUUUCGAUGCUUAUUGUAAAAUAACGUCCUUUUGAAUACUUUUCACAAGAUGAUUAUUAUGGAAUAGGCACGCCUUAUGGCAUAAACAGAAAAAUUAAGUAUGGUUUGGGGUAUUGUUAAUAUAAAAUUAAUAAGAUUUAAAAGGCGAUAAUUCCACAUGCACAGUUUUUUAAUCAAUAUACUUGUUUACUUAUUUUUGUUUACUCAUAUAUAUACUUAAAGGAAACACAAGUUAGUAUGGAGUGGUGAUGUCAUGCAAGCAUUUACUUUGGAGGGGGCUAAUCUUAGAGAUAGAAAAAUUACACCACAGAAUUGAGGCUUUUGAGUGUCCCCAGAAGCAGAACGGCAAACAGGGGUCUGAAAUAGAAACAGACAAAAAACAAUCUAAAUUUGUGGGUAAUACAUUUUAAAAAAUUGCAGCAAUCCACAACAAGAAACUAAAUAUUGAGAAACCAUAGCGAUAUAUAAAAGAUGUGUAGCGGAGCUCAAAAACGUGUACUAGGUAUCUUAGCUGAAUAUCCAUGAAGCUCGAAAAAGCAUACUUCAAUGAAUAAUGAAUAUCUCUAUUCCCCCUUCCCACCCCCAGCAACUAGACAACACAUAGUUCUUUAUUCCUCAAGGCAUGGUCUUUUAUACACAGAACCCCUGCAUGGGGUCUCCAUAAAUUCACAUCUAAGCCCAACCUGGUGCCUCUGAGUCUGGGAGAUAAUGAAGUUUCUACUCGCUAAGUUAAUUAUCUCCCAGAUCCACAGGUCACAACACAAAAUACAUUAAAUAUAAGCACUAACCCCAACAUGUUAUAUAUCCCCGGAUAGCUCUGGUCCAAGCGCCCAAGUUGUCAAAAUAGCGCCCAGAUCCAUAGAGUGUAGCCAGAUCGCCACCGGUCAAAUGUUGGAGCUCCUGCAGGCAAACAAAAGUGGGCUCCGCCGUGCUCUCAUGACGUGACUGUUCCAUUCAGUCUGUAGUACCUUUCCUCUAAAUAGCACUCUGCUGGCAGGUCGGGAAGUGGGGCAAAACAGUGGGCAAAGGUGAAGUGUCCACAUUAGAGUUCCAUAUGGUUUGCAGCCAAGUGUCACUGGGGAUUAUUCUGUUGUUUUGGGGGGAGAAUGACUGCCAGGGAGUGGGGGCGCUUUUGGUCAAUAACCUUUGGGAGUAGGAAAGGCACUGAGCCAGGGGUGAUGAUAGCUCCUUUGGGGAAAAGGUAUGUGGAACAUAGAACAGGUUCCAACACAAGAUGGAUUCACGAAAAUACUCACAAUAUUAAAAUGUAAGAAAAUCUCUAACCAUUACUGGACUAACACAAAAUAAUGGCAAUUUUCAUUAACUACAACUAAUAAGGUGAUAUCAACUUGGUUUUGUAACCUGACUGCACAUAAACAUGCAGUUAGUUAUUCAGUAAUAACUAUGAUAUAAAUAAUAACUAAUAGAAAGUAACAAAAAACAAAAAGAAACAUUAAAAUAAAAAAAGACUCACAUCACCUAAAAGUGGUGUGCCUACAAAUAACCAAAUUACAGGGCUAAACACUAUGACUACAUCAGCACACACUAGGAAAAAGUGUACCUACACAUAACCAGGGGUAGAGAGUAACAGGGUUCAACAGAAGAAAUAAAUAAAAUGUGCUAUCAAACAGUGCUACUCGCAUGAGUGUUAGACACGUGUUAAAUCAUAAUGAAAAAGACAUAGUCUGAUGCGCAUUUUGGUAUGAAGGCAUUCCUAGUCGGUGGCACCAACUUACUGUGAGUUUCCCCGAUCAGGAUUUCCGGAUUGAUUUUGCCCUUUGCCUUAACUCUUUAGUGUAUAUUUAGGUCUAUUCUAUUAGAUACCACCAUCCUUAAUAUCAUAGUUCAGUAAUUAUCAAAAUAAAACUGCAGCUUCACAGAUUAUAGCAUACUUGCUAUCAGUCUAUAGAUACCACCAGCCAGGAACUUUACAACAUAGUAUUAGCAUAUAGAAACACAUGAUACAUUAUAGCAUAGUCAGGGUUCAACAUUUUUACCGUCACUAGCCAUUAGUUAGUGAAAAUGUAGCUCUGGUGAGUAGAAAUGUACCCUUGGUGAGUGUGAUAUAGACCCUCCAGGCUUGCACUGGCUAGUAAAUAUUAAGGCCUGGCUAUAGCAUUGGACUUGAAAUUUGGAGCCAUCAUAGUUACUGUCAGUGGUUAGAUUGAAAGUCUCAUUUAGAACGUUGCAUCACUUAUGUCAGAAGAAAAUUUUCUUGCAAAAUACUUUAUAUUAGGUCACAAUUUCUCCCCAUUUUGUAAAAUCCACAUUCUCCCACAUCUGUAUCCCUCUCUCUCCCUUUGUUUUUAAUGUACAUGUGUCUUCCCUCCAUCCUUGUGUCACUUGCCCAAUCCUUCAUUCCCAUUUCACAUGACCAUCCAGUUCCAUUCCAUUUAUUUUAAUCCUUCCAACCUGUGUGAACUAAAACUAACCCCAAGACGUGGGGGAUAACCUCAGACUGGUUUGGGGUAACCAAUAGCACUAGUCAGGGGUAUCCCUUAUCCCCUCUAUUAUACAUACUGUCUGUUGAAUCUUUAGCGGACGAUAUUAGGAAUAAUCAAAAAAUAAAAUGGUUUGAAAGUAAUGGAAAAGAAUUUAAAAUCUCACUUUUUGCAGAUGAUAUUUUAACGUAAAAAGAACCGGUACUUUUGCUUAAAGAAUUAAUGAGCACUAUUGGAGAUUAUAGUAAACAAUCAAAUUAUAAACUAAAUAUCGAUAAGACAUUGAUUAAGGACAAAAAUUAAAAAAAAACGGAGGACUUGGAUUCCCUAAUAUAUUUCAAACAAACGUAGCAUGCUGAAAAUCACACAUUGUCAGCACGUUAAAAAAAGAAGCUAAAAAACAAGCAUGGUUUUAAACAGACAUUCAUAAUAUGGGAACCAAGUAUAUAAAAAAAAAAAAUUGGGGGGGGAAUUUAUAUAGAAAAUAAGCAAAAUGUCGAAAUCUUCGAUAAUAACAGAAGAUAUGUAUUCACUCUGGAUAAGCCUAAAAGUCAGAUUGGAUAUUCAGAAGAAAUUUACGGAUAGUCUUCCAAUAGAAAUAAUAGCGAUAAAUCUUGAGAACCUAGAUAUGAAGCCGUGGAAAGAAAAAGGAAUAAAACUAAUAGGGGACCUUAUAAGAGAUAAUGAAAUAAUAUUGUUUCAACAACUUAGGAAUGAUUUAGGGCUACCAUCAAGAGAGAUCUUUUCAUACCUAAGAAUAAAAUGCUUCCUAACAAAACAUAGAUUAAUCAAUCCAACUGACGAACUAAAAUUAUUCACGCAAAUGUUAAGCGCAGAAAAAAACAACAAAAUGAUAACCAAAGAUAUGCACUUAACUUCAUUACACUUCGAACAAAAUGAAAUAUUAGCAAUAAAAUGCUGGAAUAGUGAGCUACAGAUAUGCAUAGAAUAUAGUAACUGGUAUAAAAUGUUGACCCAACUAAGGAAAGCUAUACAUUGCUUAAAACUAAUCAAGGCACAAUACAAAAUAGUCAACAGAUGGUAUUGUUACCUACUAAAGCUAUCUAAAAUAUAUCUAUCUAGAUCUUUAAAAUGCCGGAGAUGUGAGAGCAGACUAUAUCCAUAUAUGGUGGUCAUGUCCAGAAAUUCAGAAGAUAUGGGUGAUAAUCUUUAAAUAGAUAGAGGAGUGGACAACAAAAGAGUUCUCUCCAUCAUUGGCACUGCUCCACCUGGCUGGCAAAAAAAUUGAAAAAGAAAAGUGAGAUCUAAGCAUUCAUAUCUUUUAGCAGUCAAACUACAAAUAGCCAAAAAUUGGAAAUCCAAACUCCCGCCAAAAAUAAUAGAUAUAAAAUUACAAAUUAUAAACUAAUGUCAAAUGGAACAGGGCAUAGAUAAAAAUUUUCACUACAAUGCAAGUACAAGAUGGAAGGAUUGCGUAGAAAGGAUUAAAAAAGAUUAAAACAGGAUAACUAGAGGAAAUAGGAAAAAGGAGGAUAAGAGAUAAAGAGAACAUAGACGAUACAGGAAGAAAUUAACACAAAAAAAAAAAUUUAAGAAAGAAAGCAAAGUAGAAUUGUAAGAUUUAAAUAUUUAAGAAUUGUGUGUGAUGUAUGGUGAGUUUUGAUGUAUUCAUAUAUAUAUAUAUAUAUAUAUAUAUAUAUAUAUAUAUAUAUAUAUAUAUAUAUAUAUAUGUGGCACAAUAAAUUGAUAUGGAGUUAUAAACACCGGGAGAUAAAUAAAGAUAAAUAGAAAUUGAAUUAAAUAAAACAGGGCAAUAAAAUUGUUAUUUAUAAGGAGUGUAAUUCUAAUAUCAUAAAAGAAGACAUCAAUGUUUAUGUCUGUGUUUUGUCAUUAAAAUAUUUGUCUGUUUGUCAUAAAAUGGAAAAUCUUUAAAUAAAGAUCAAAUAUGGAAAAAAAUAAAAUAAAAUAAAAAUAACCCCAAGAUCUACCUUGUAUCUAUCCAUCUGCUAUUCUAUGCCUUUAUUCCAUAAGAAAACCUAACAAGUCUUUUGUGUGUUUAUUUUCAGACGGGUGCAAGGAAUUAAUACAAAGAACGCCACUUUCAUUAACAACACCACAGUGUGCUACCCAUGCGGAAAUUUUAUUGUUUUCAUUGAUAUAGGGACAAGAAAACAGUAUUUUUUACAAUGUCCAAAAGGCAGCAUUAGAGCAUGUUCUGUCAAUAUACAAAGUGAAGUGGUGGCAUUUUCCAACCAGAAACUUAAGCCAAGUAUUUUUGUGUAUACAUAUCCAAGGCUUGCUAGAUGUGCAGAACUAAAAGGUAUGUGAUUAAUAAAAGAGCCGUAAGGCCUUAUAACAUUGAAUUUUAUUCUUUCUCCUUCCUGAUAUUCAAAGGAUAUCCUAUAAUUAGGGGACUUCAUCACCUAUUACUGUGCUGGUGGGACAGUUCACAAGAGUCAGAGAUACUGCUAGAAGUAUUUAAAGGGAGAUGUGCCUUCCCAGGGUUCUUAAUAUUAUGCUUACAUAUCCCUAUAUUGAACAAAUAUAUAUUUAUGAAGUGUGAAAAUUAAAUCAAAGAAGUCCUCCAAGCACUAUAACCAUUAUGCUGUAUGACUAUAUUGCCAGGAGUUGCCUGACACUCUCCUGGCAGAAGUAGUCAAACCAUUAUACACAGUUUAACAUAUGACCUGGGGUCUGGCACGGGCUGCCUCUUCAGUUGAAGCUGGUAGCUCCCUCCACUGAACUAGCUUGGUGUUGCAGGGCUUUGCUCAUUGGCUGAUAGAGCUCAGCUGACACUCAUAGCCAAUGAGCACAAAAGAGUUCAGCUCAGUGGAGCUAAGGCGCCUUAAAAGAGCUUCCAGCUGUACAGGAAGUGGCACCCAGCGGACCCCAGGUAAGUUGUCAAACUGGUAUCAACUAACAAAGACUAUAAAUAUGGCAUCCACUGGCUGUGCAGCCUAGGAAUACUUGCAAGGUUGAAUUGUGGGAUACUGAACUUUAUAAGUAUGGGUGGAGGCUGUGCAUGCAGCAGCCUUGCCAAUAUCCAGUGGUGAAGAGGAAUCAAUCUGAAUAAUCUCAGGUAGGUAUGUCUGUCUUUAGUUUAUACAUUUUCUGGACGUUUCAUGUGGUAUUAUUUUAGAGAUUUUACAUUUUUAGUCUAAAAUUGAUGGAUUUUUCUGACUUGGUUAUUUUGUGUAAAAUUUGCCCUUGUCUGGCUUAUUGAAUAGCCCCAAAUGUCAAACAUGUUUAGUAGAUGACAAGUCCACUUUAAAAAGCAAUAUGUAAUAUUCGUUUUGUGCAGAAAACUAUUAAGACAGGAGUUCCAAUUGCCCUAGCACAUAAAAAAAAAAAAUUAUUAAAGGGACACUUUACACAUCAAAACAACUUUAGCUUAAUAAAGCAGUUUUGGUUUACAAAUCAUGCCCCUGGUGUCUCACUGCUCAAUUCUCUGUCAUUUAGGAGUUUAAUCACUAUUGUUUAUGUCUAGUUUAAAGUUUUGUUCUCCUGCUCUGUAGAUUGAACUUUAAUCACACACAAGGCUCCUGUAGGGUCUUGAAUACUAUUGGAUAGCAAAAAAUCCCCCAAAAAGAGGAUCAACUGUAGACUCCCUGAUUAUACAGACAUAAUUGUCUAAGUCUUAUUAAAAAGGUUUGUGCUUCCUAAUAACAAGUAAAUAAUACUAUAUACACCCAAACCAAAGAGGAGAAAAAGAGUGUUUAUGUUUCCAGUUAAUUCAAUUAACCAAGCAAUAUGAAAUGAGAAAUUAGCCCUCUUUCCUAUAAUUCAACCUUUAUUGGAAUUAUUCUAUAUUGAGGCAUUUAAAAAAGGGUUACCUCUACUAAUAUUUCAUCUGAAAGGGAUCAACAUGUAUUCAGUAGUCUAUGUACUCAGUAGUGACAGUCCAUAAUCCAUCAUUCAUACUCAAGUGGAUUAAUCACAACUUCAUCUGAGUUAUUCCCUAUAUGAUUAUUGAGUUACACAAAAUGUAACAAUCACUUUUAUGGAACUGGAUAAAAUGUUUCUAAAUUAGCCGAAUGGCUGUGGUUACAAAUUCUACCCCAUCCAGAACAGAGGUGUUUGGAAACAGUGUUACAUUUAAGGCAAAUAAAUUUGAAGCAUGUGGAAUUAGCAAAUAAAAAGGAACCUUAAUGAGAUUAAAUUCUUAUACUGUACUUAGAAGGGAGUAAAUAUUCUCCUAAAGUCCUCUUUAUGUUAAUAUUACUCUAAUAAUAAACAGGGGAACAUGUGGAGAGCAAAAAAAGGUCAACAAAAGCUUUGUAAUACCUCAGAGCAAAAUAAAUACAGAUUAUAAUAGAGACCUCCCUAAAUAAACUCAAUGCAUAAUUCUACUUCAAGAUAUACAUUAUAUGCCUAGAAGCUACAGAAACUCUUACAUAUUACUAUAAUAUAAGACAAGGAUCCCUGAGAACCGAAAGAAAAUAGGAUCAAAAUCCACUCACUAAACUAAAGUGUUAGACCAUAAUUCCCAUAAAAUCUCCCCAAAAAUAUAAAAAUGAGACAAUAACAUAAACGCCAGACACACGUUUUGGUGCAAAAUACUGUGCUUUCAUGUGGGCUAUCGGCAGUGGUGUAUUUUGAAUUUGUGCUGCCCUAGGCAUGAUCGAACUUGGGCACCCCCUAAUUUAAAGUUGCCCCACCCCUUCCUGUCAAGGCCACACCUCUUCCUGUUAAGUGACAUACACACAGACACACCCACUCACUGACCGGCACACACUCUCAGAUACACUGACAUACAUUCACUGGCAGACACACAUACUCACACACUCACUGAUUUGACACAAUCUGACAGACACACACAAUUACUGAUUUGACACAAUCUGACAGACACACAGAAUCAUUCAGACAUGCACUGACACACACACUGAACGACAUGCACACACUCACUGACAGACACACAUUCACUGACAAACACAAAUUCACAGACAUGCACACACGCUCACAGGCAUACACUGAUAGACGUACACACACAUUCACUGACAGACACACACAUUGACAGACGUACACACACACAUUCACUGACAGACACACACAAACUCACUCACAGAAACAUACAUUCACUGACAAACAAACUCAGUGACAGACACACUCACAGGUAUAAACACACAUUCACUGACAGACAGACACAUAUACACACUCACUGACACACACACACACUCAAACAGACACACACAAACAAACUGACAGAUAGACAGACACACACAUUGUCAGGAUCCUAUUCUGACAAUUCAAAACAUGUUUAGUUUCUUCUGUUUUAUUUAAUUAAAGUUCCAGUUUUCACCACUAGUCACCUCAGUUUCUCUCACCUGUAUAGCAUGAUUACAAACCAAAGAGGCUGAUCACCUCAAUUGCUGCUUUAACAUGUUUUACUUUAUCCUUUAUAUUCCUUUUUAGUUUUAUCUAAUUGUUUCCCUGUCUCCUGUAAACCUGUUUUGGGGCAUAUUGUCUAAACUUCUAUUUCUCUACUACUCCUUCAUACUCACCUGUAAUUCUGUUUCUAGGUUCUGCUUUCUACCUUUGUCUUUAUACUACCUUUUCCCUCUUUCUCCUGUUAUUCUUAUUGUUAUCUUUGUCUAACCUUGUCUAAUAACUCAAAUAAACUACCUGAAGUCAACCCCGGCAUAAGUCUCUCUCUUGUCUGACUUAAUCAAACCAUGACACACACUCAUUGACAGACAAAGAAACUCACUGACAGAUACACUCACUCAGACACACUGACAGGUAUAACACAUUCACAGACAGACAAACACACACACACACACACACACUGACAGACUGACACACACAUUUCCCCCCAACAUUUACAAAUAAUUAUUAACUUUUAUUUUAACUUAAAUCCACCCAGCCUCCCUACUUUUGGGAUACCUGGGUGGAUUUUUACCUGGGGUCCAGUGGGGCUGCUGGGCAGGCAUGCAGGAUGAAGGGUAGGCAGGCAAGGGGGGCAGUGGAUGCGCAAAAUAGGCGGCAAGGAAGCUGUGAUCUUCCUGCUCUGCUCCAUCACGCGUCGUUUAGUGGUGCCGGAGUGAUGUCACGUUCCAGCUCCUGGCAUCACUGCAGGUCACGUGAGAGAGCUGAGCAGGAAGAGAUCAGAUCAGCGCUCCCUCAUCGCCCGCCUGUAAAAGAAACUGUCCGGGCGCUCUGGUGGGCCAGUCGGCCAACUCUUGGGCCCCCUUGUAAGUCAAGGCUAACAAGGUAUUUGCCAGGGCACUUGGGAGGUGGCGUGUUUUGCCGUCCCCUGGAAAGUGCUGCCCAAGACAAAUGUCUUGUUUGCCUUGUGCUAAAUACAGCGCUGGCUAUGGGUAUGAUAGAUUAUUUUUGUAUUAUUUCGCUUUCCACACGUUCCCCUGUUUAUUGUUUCGGUGAUAUUAACAUAAAGAGCCUUUAGGAGACUAUUUACUCAAAACAUAAGAGUUUCAUCUCCUUAAGCUUCCUUUUUAUUUGCCAAUUCUACAUGCUUUACAUUUGUAUGCCUUAAAGGGGUACUAUAGUCACUAUAACAACUACAGUUUGUCCUGCAGGCUUUUUAAUUUAAACACUGCCUUUUCAGAGAAUAGUCUCUAGAAGACUUUUUUGGAAAGUUAAAGAGUAAAAUGUAGGACUCUCCCCUUCUCAGUUUUUACAUAUUAAAGUUUGACAGAUUGGUUUGCUGGGCCUAUGUUUCCUUUGAGAACGUAUGGCAGCCUAGUAAUGAAAAUUACCCCCAUCAUGGCAUACCAUUUGCAAAAGUAGACAACCCAGGUAUUUUUUGAGUAGCCACUUAGUCACAAACCUUGGCCAAAGUUAUUUUUACAAAAAUAACUGCCCUUUCACUGAUGAUAUCAUCAGCAUUAUACAUUUUACUGUUUAGAAACACUGAUAUUUGAGUUCAGCGAUAUCAAACGAGUGCAACAGUACCCCCCAUGUCCAGGUUUUAUGGUGUUUUAUAAAGUUACAAGGUCAACUAUAACGCUUGCCCGUUUCAGUUUUUACCCAGGAAUGAGAAUUACUCCCAUCGUGGCAUACCAUUUGCAAAAGUAGACAAUCCAGGGUAUUCAAAAUGGUGUGUGUCCAGUCUUUUUUGAGUAGCCAUUUAGUCACAAACCCUGGCCAAAGUUAGCAAUCACAUUUGUUUUUUUGGGGGGGGUGGGGAGGUGGGGGGUGGUUUAACGCAAAACUGCAGUUUCACUGAUGAUAUCAUGGUUACAAAACAUUUUAAUUUUUUAAAACACUCAUAUUUGUGUUCAGGGGUGUCUCCCAAGUAUAACAGUACAGCUCAUGUACAAAUUUUAUAGUGUUUUGGGAAGUUACAGGAUCAAAUAUAGGGCUUGCAAAUUAAAUUAUCUGUACUUUCCGUCUGGGUUGCCAGACAGGUACCUCAAAUUAUAAUUAGUAAAAUCACAUAAUUAUGUAAAAAUAAUCCAUAUAUAUAUAUAUAUAUAUAUAUAUAUUUAUAUACAUAUAUAAUAGAGGGUUGUCAGGCAGUCCCCUUAAACGGGAUAGCUGGAUAAGGUAAGUAUCCUGGGCUGCAGGGGCUGCAAAUCAUUUUAAGUUUAAGUCCAGUUUGUGCUGGACGGCAUAGUACGCUGUAACGUACAAGUCACAUGCAGGGAGAUGUGACUAGAGCUGUAUAAGCAGAGUGAUUCCACUUUUAAAUGGCAAUGAAUUGAGCAGUGACACUGCAGAGACAUGAUCUAUAUAACAAAACUGCUUCGUUAAGCUCAAAGUUGUUUUGGUGCCUGUGUGUAUGUCUGGGAAUUUGUGUUUGUCAGUGAAUGUGUGUCUGUCAGUGAGUGUGUGUGUGUUGUUCAGUGUGUGUGUCAGUGCAUAUCUGAGUGAUUCUGUGUGUCUGUCAGAUUGUGUCAAAUCAGUAAUUGUGUGUGUCUGUCAGAUUGUGUCAAAUCAGUGCGUGUGUGAGUAUGUGUGUCUGCCAGUGAGUGUAUGUCAGUGUAUCUGAGAGUGUGUGCCGGUCAGUGAGUGGGUGUGUCUGUGUGUAUGUCACUCAAUGCAUGUCUUUAACGGGAAGAGGUGUGGCCUUGACAGGAAGGGGUGGGGAAACUUUAAAUUAGGGGGUGCCCUAGUUCCGUCAUGCCUAGGCACCUAGUCCGUCAUCCCUUUAAGAUAUUUUUGUAUUGAAAAAGUAGCCCUUAAAGUCCUUAUAUUAUAUGUGUAUAAUUAUCUGGUACAUUCUGUGCUGUAAAACUAGUUUUUCUUCUUUUCUGUUUUUCAGGGGGGGCUGUGCUAGAUUAUUCUGUACUUGCUUUCAGUUAUUCUGGAUCCUAUUUGGCAAGUUUUUCUUCUGCUCCUGACCAUGUGCUUACACUCUGGUAAGUCUAAAUAUCAAGAAAAAAAAAACUACUCGUGAGCCUAAUACCCAGAAAGAUCACAUUAAAGGAACACUAUAGGGUCAGGAACACAAACAUAUAUUCCUGACCCUAUAGUGUUUAACCCACCAUUUAGGUGGCUUGCCCUCCUUAGCCCCCCCCUAUAAAAGUUUAAAACUCACCUUAUUUCCAGCCCUGCAAGGGUCUGCCAUUGCUGGCUCUGCCCCCCUUUAUGCCAAAUCGUCAUGGGGGAGGGGCCAAAUGCCAUUUUGGCAUAUCAGGACCUCCUCACAGAGAUGCUUUAAAUCAAUGCAUCUCUAUGAGGAAAAUUCAGCGUCUCCAUGCAGAGCGUGGGGACGCUAAACAGCAGGGCUGCUUUUUCAGCAGCACUGACCCAGGAACCACCUCCGUUGGCCAUCUAAGGCAGUGUUUCCCAACCCAGUCCUCAAGGCACACAUACCAGUCCAGGAUUUAGGGAUUACCCAGUUGUGUCUAAGGUGUUUUUACAAAGAAGAAAAAAAACACCUUAGACACAACUGGGUAAUCCCACUGGGUUGGGAAACACUGAUCUAAGGAGUGGCCACUUGGAGGUGUCCCUAGAGACAAUGUAAACACUGCCUUUUCUCUGAAAAGGCAGUGUUUGCAUGAAAAAAGCCCGAAGGGAACUAUUAUACUCACCAAAACAACAACAUUAAGCUGUAGUUGUUCUGGUGACUAUAGUGUCCCUUUAAUAUAUAUCACAGUUCAAAGACUCACACAAUAAACAUUGUUGACAAACAUCUUCACAAUUCUCUCUUGUGCAUUUCCCUGCUGGCUGACAUACAGGUCUGACAGCAGUUGACUCAUUACCUACCUACAAAAUGAGAAGCUGAUAUGCGGACGCCGGCUGGGGAGGGAGGCAGGAGAGUACCCGGGGAGCUCUAGCCAGCAGCUCCGCCGGGUUCCUCUCGCAAGGUCAUAGCGUUACCGCGAUUACCACGGCAACGCUCAGAUCUCGCGAGAGUGAACUCUAGCCCUGCAGGCUAGAAAAUAUUGAAUUCAAUGCAUUUCUAUGAGAAGCAAUUGAGUAGAUGCACACGCAGCACUCAACGCGCACAUCCAUCUUGUUCCCAGUGAUCUUCCAUGAGGAUCAUUAGAUUGGGCAGUUGUGAAGCCUCCACAAUAAUGUUGUAAGAGGCAAAGUGGGUAGCAACAUCAAGGGAGUCUCAGCAGUGGAAAAUGGUAAGAUAAACAUUUUUUUAUUCCUCACAGGGGAGCCCUAAUUCUAUAGCAUUAGAAAAACAUGUUUGUAUUCCUAACGCAAUAGUGUUAGUAGUCCUUUACAGCUCGGUGAGCAAUAUAGUUUCUAUACAUGUGGUGUGCCAUUGUCAGUGUACACUGAUAUAAUCAACCUUGAGCACAAAUUCUCAUUGGGUACUUUAUGGAACCAUGCAAAGCUACCUAGCUGAAUUAAGUUGGUUUGUAUUAAUUGGAAAAUUAUGUGAUUAAUGUAUUACUUGUAGGAACUGGCAGGAAGGCAUUCCUCUGUGCAGCAAGUCAGAAUCUAAUGACACCUUUACCAACUUGACCUUUAAUCCUAUGAACAUGCUCCAGUUGUGUUCUUCCAGUGAGUCGUCUCUUCUCGUUUGGAACAUUGAAGUGUGUGACACUGUGUAUCGUCUAAAAGCACUGUAAGUAGAUUUUACUAUAUAUUGUUAUUCCAUCUUCGGAGAAAGGUAUUGCUGAGCAUUGUAUACCCUAUUUAGAGCACACCAGAGAAAUUGUGCUUUAAUGAGACUAUAACCUGAUCAAUAUUUGGAUUCAAUAUAAAUGACUUGUUUUUAUGCUGUGGAAUAAAUACACUGACCUCAGUUAACCUUAGUUAUAGAGGUUUCAAGAGUCAUGUUUAGCAAGUGUAGCGAUAUAAUUGGAACAUGGGUCAUUUAUUGAAAUUCUUGCAAUGACAUUUUGUUUGGGGGGGGGGAAUUAGUUACUAUUGAACAUAUAAUGAGAUCAGCGCUGUAAUCCAAGGCAGAUAUGCGAGUAAAAGAGACAUGGUUACAUGUACCAGUUUAGAGAUUCAUUGUGGUCAAAGUUCAAGUGUACCGGCUCCAUGAACGAUCACUGUGCCUACAGACUAAUAAACAUUUUAAUAAUCUAAAAAUGAAAAACCAGUGUGGACCUGAUCAACUCCCAGCAAUGUUGCUGAAGCUCAGUGUGCCGGCAAUUGCCAAAUCAGUCACAACCCUAGUUAACGAAUCCUUGGUGUCUGGAUACAUACCCAAACUUUGGAAGCAAGAGUAGUACGUAUCCAUAAGAGUGGUGAUCAUACUUUGGUAUAUAACUAACAAUCAAAAUCAUUGCUCCCUGUAUUGUCAAAAAUCUUGGAAAAAUAAGUUCCCACGCACCUAUGAAUAUUAUCAACAACCAAACUCUCUAUUCCCUGAUCAAUCAGGCAUUUGUCUAAAUUGAUAAACUACCACUGCCCUCUUAAAAGUUUGCAACCACCUCCAACCUGGCAUGGAACAAAGAGACCUAACUGGAGCUAUUUUCCUUGAUAUUUCCAAAGCUUUUGACACAGACUAUAGCAUUCUAUUGCAAAAACCUAAAAACUCAGGUAUUGGUGAUUGUCCAUUAACCUGGUUUCAGUUGUAUGUAUCGGAUCGAAUGCAAUUUGUGUCCAUUUCUGACAGUGCCUCCCUCUCCUGGUCACAAGUGGUGUUUCCCAAGGCUCCCUACUUGGCCCACUACUAUUCACAUUAACCGUACACAUGUACACAGACGACACCAUAAUCUACGCUAGCAAACCAAACGUUUUGCAGAUUGAGGCUGUGCUCCAAGUCCAGUUUUCAGAGAUAGAAAAGUGGAUUGCAGAUAAACUUUUCCUAAGCACAGACAAAACUGUCACAAUGAUCUUCGGCACAGUACUUAAAUUGCAUAAAUUAAAAAAUUUACAGCUAUGCAUUAAAACAAAAUCAAAUAGUACACUAAACACAGUUCACUCUUUCAAAUAUCCAGGUAAGUUGCUAGACCCCAAUCUAUCUUUUGGCCUCCACAUGAAAAAUCUUGCUAAUGCCAGUCAUUGAAUAUGGGGAUGUAGUGUAUGCACCUCUGCUGCAAACCCACCUUCAUAAACUUACUAUGUUGUAUAACUCGAAAUGAUCCAGCAUUGUGACAUGUUAAAAGAGCUAAACUGGCUAUCGUUUGAAUCGAGAUGCCCCCUCCAUCUUUCGAGUCUUGUGUUUAAGAGCUUUUUCUGGGAAGCUCCCACCCUAUCUGAAAAGAAUGCUCUCUCCGACCUUUCCCACCUCCUAUAAUCGCCAAUCCCGUACAAGCACUUUAUAUAGUAUACCACAUUACGAAACGAAAGUAGCACGAUCCUCGUUUUCAUACAUGGCACAACCUCCCAGACACAAUUGCCGUAUUUGUUGGUGUUUAAGACGCCCACAUGUAUAAGACGACCUCUUUUUUUUUUUAGCCCAAAAAUAAGAAAAUCAGUAUUUUAAACAUCAAAUAGAACAACUUCGAUAUUUUAGAGGUGACUUCUGAGGAGAACUACACACUUCUGAUUCUCAUGCCUCCCUUGAGCUAUGGCACUCUGUGAAGUUAAGGGUUCCAUAGUACAUGCUGGGAGACAGCAGGUGGUGUGAGGACAUGCUGGGACAUCACAUCAGUAUUCCCUCUGCUUCAUGAUCCCCAUUUCCUCCACCAUAAAUAUAAAUCAGAGAGCAAGACCUACCUGAGUUAGAGCAAAACUUAAUAUGGCUGCUCCUUUUAUGGUGUGGCAUGUCUCUAGCGCUCCAUUGGUGGUAAGUGCUAACAUCUGCUGCAGCUCCCACGCAUAUAGGGACCUCUUCCUCCUUGCCACAGCAUUCAGAAGUGGCUCACGUGAUAAUACAGACCUGCUCUCACUUUGGGGCUGCGGAGCUGGCAGACCAGGUGAGUAAGUCCGCGGGAGGGAGACCAGGUAUGUGUGUGGGCUGUGGCACACUGAAACGAGCCAGGCGCACAAGUGUUUUUUUUCUGCAGAGACAUUUCAUGUAUUUGACAACCCCCAAUUUUACACGGAAAAAUACGGUAAAUCUUCCUCCACCCUCAAUUCCAUUAAGACAUCCCUGUCAAAUAUCUCAGUACAGAAUGCACCUGUAAUCAUGAUUUAUUAUAUGUCAUACUUGUUCUGUGUUAAAUGUAUAUAAAUGUAUAUAUGUAUUUUAAUAUUAUUUUGUACUUUUAAAAUUAUAAUGUGUAUUUUAAUAUUACUUUUUUAUAUAUAUAUUAUGCUGUACCUUGUUGUAACAAUGCAACGUUUGUAGGGCCAGGACAUACGCGAAAACAAGAAAAAUCUCAAUGUAUCCCUCCUGGUAAAAUAUUUAAUACAUAAAUAAUAUAUUGAUAGCUCACAGGCAUAAAGGACAAGUUGUCCCCUCACAUUUAUGUUUUGACUUUUGCAAAUAAACAUGUUAAUAAUUUGGAUUCAAGUGAAAUAGCUUAGUUGGUUAAUGUACUGACUUGAAUACCUGAUCAAACAUUAGAUGUUCAACCCAUUCUUUCAUUGUAGAGGGACAAUGUGUACCACUGCUUUAGGUAAAAGUAACAUCUGCUGAUCAGCUUACAGUUCAGAUAAGCUGGAGAUGUAUGCAAUGCAUUGGCAAUCCAAUUUGACUGAAGAAACUUCUAUAGAAGCAGAUAUUACCAUACAAUCUAAGCAGCAUGCUCAUUCCUGCUGCCUCCACCCUGUUUAAUUUCUACGCCCCAUAUUAUAGUUUUUGCUAAACACCUUACGGGAAGCUGUAUAUUCUUUAUGUGGGUAAUCAUGUGGUUUAUCCUUAUUCAUUUUCCUUUACAGACCAGUCAACCUUCCCAAUGAAGAUGGUACAAUGGCCAUGGAGGAUAAAAAUGUUGAUGCUACCAUUUAUGAAUCUUAUGGUGGGCUCGUCCUACCAAUCUCUGCCAUUGCCGGCUUAGUGGAUGAUAGUGCACUUAGGUUCAUUGUAAGUGAAACUUGUCUUUUAGUUUUAAUUUUUCUUAAUAAGAAGUUAAGCCUUUAUUUCAUUACCUUAAUAUUUCAUAGCCAGGGCACCUGAUUUCUCCAACCACCAUGACCACUUCUGCUUUUAGAAGAGAUCAAGGUGGAAGAAAUCUGUAUGGGCAGCGUUUCUGCUUGAAACUCUUCACAUACAGAGAUAUUUGUGUCAGUGGCUUGUUGCACCCCUAUACACAUGAUUUAGGCAACACGGAACCCUGCCUAAUGUCAAUUCAGUGCAAAAUAAUACCUCUGUCAUCAGUGCACUGGCAACAGAUGUGGUCAGUUUCUUCCUUCCAGGCAGUGUGCAGGCAAAGGGAAGCUUGGUCUUCCAUCCUCCGUGCAGUCACUCCACAUGCACUCAGAACUUGUGAGAAAGGUCCAAUCAAUUGCUUCUAUGAGAAAAAUGUGAUUGGACCGCGCAAGGGAAGCUGCCUGUGAUGUCAGAGAAGGUGUGGAAAGUAGCUCUAAGUACUUCACUCGCCACUGGAUUUCAGAUAGAUUAACACUUAAUUUGCUGCUUUUUAAGAAAGACUCAUUAGUAAAAAGGUUUGGAGUAACCCAUUAAGUUAAAAAACAUGUUUACCAUUGUCCCCUUGACAGAGCAUCUGCAGAUUGUCCAGCCAUUUUCCAAUUUCCCACGUGCAGCAGAGUCAAGAGCCUAUGUGCACAGAUUGUAUGUACCUUCUAUUAGCUAGAGAUUGGUAGGCCAAGGGUAAGCAAGGAUUAAAGCAUAAAUCUGAUAUCCUGGUUGCUAUUGUUAAUUUAUCGUAUUCUUGUUGUCUUUCAUCCUAACAUCCCUUCAUCUAAUUAAAACUUUUGUUUUCUAAUAGAUCUCCUUAUUUGCAACAAAGGGACACUCCAGUCCCUUGCUGGAGUGCUUUAUGUAUGAAAAGUGUGUCCUCUUUUUUUAAUUUUACAAAAAGUGCAGAUUUCAAUAGAAAUGAUCGUUUUUAUAAAUUAACCUUGUUACGCCUUGAGUGUCAAUCCUAGAAUUGGUUCUGCUACUUCCUGGUUAGUUUAGGUCAGUGUAGCUAAACUCUUUUUUUUUUUUUUUUUUAAGCUAUUGUUCUUGUUUUACAUCUGUUUUUUGCUACAUUUGCCCUUUCCUAUUCUUAUUACAUCCUGCAGUAGCAGAUACAAGUGCCCACCCCCAGCAUAAAGAGUGCUGAUUGAGUGACCAGCACCAUCUAGAGAACCUUCCGAUGCUAUGUGGCUCCAAAUCAAGGGGCUGUCCUCAUUAUUAACCUCAUGCUGUUGGUAUUGAAAGUGCAGCAACAAUGAUGAACAGUGUUUACUAUGGCUGGCAGUAACUGCCAAGUAACUAGGGCUUGUAGUGAGUGCCAGGGAUUACAUCAAUUCCUUCUGUUUCACUGCUACAGUGAAUAUAAAUCAAGAACUGAUUUUGCCAUAUAAAUUGUAACAACUGAUACCCAUGCUAGAUGCUGUUAGUGCUAUUCUGGCUUAUUUACCUACCAUUGCAACUUCCCUCUGACAUUCUGGGUAACUGCUGUAUAGUACACGUUUAGACAUUUAAUUUCUUUCACAUAAUUUGAAUAUUGCAAAACAGAUUGAGUAAACAGCUUAGAUAACUACAGACAAAUAAAAGAUGGAAAAAAAACUUAAAGGAAGAGCAGAUAAUGUACAACGUUUCUCAAUCAAUGGAAACCCUUGGAUGGCAUAAGAAGUUGAGUCUAUAACGAAGCUCCAUACAGCUAUACAGGGCAAAGUACAGUGUAUGUUUAAGGGAGUUUAGAGUUCCCGAGACACUCAAUAAUGGCAAAGGGUGAGUAUGUAGUUCAUGGGGUGAUCAUUGUGUGUAGAGGAUCUCUUUAUAUGUUUCAUACAUUUAAUCAUGUAACCUAUAUUCAAGCUUAUAAACCAAACAAACAAAUAUCAUGGCAGAGAUAGAGGCGAACAGUGGAUUGUAGUUGUUACAGAGUUCGGUACUCAGCCUAAGUAUCUCUGUUAAUAUCCCUCCUUUUCCUGCAGGACACCUCCAGUGAUUAUAUUAGCUCAUAGCAGCUCACCAAACACCAGCCAAGACAUAAUAAAGGGUGAAAAUAAAAGACACUUUAUUUAGUUCAAGUGUAAAAAUGAAUACACUGACCCCCAGCAUCAGGUCCUUAACAGAACAAUGGUAACCCCACCUGGGAAUAAACUGGAUCAAACACUGCUAAUUCAAUUAACUCCUAUGUACAGGCAUUUAAUACAAUUAUCCCCUAAACAUGUUGAACCACAUAUUGCUAAUUCGAUUAACUCCCAGGCCCUAAAUACAAUUAUCCCCCAAGCAGUGGCGGAACUAAUAUAGAGAGGGCCCCGGUGCAAGAAAGUUUUUGAGCCCCCUUCAUUGCAAGAGUGGACAAAAGGUAGCUCCUCAUCUGUCGUACAUAUCAAACGAUGCUAUGUCAGCUAGAAAUCUACCAUUUUCACAUCCUUGCAUGGUUAUAUUUGAAAUACACACACAUACUGCACACAUGCACACACUGACACACAGAUACACACACAAACACUUACUGAUAUAUGUACACACAUACUGACACAUGCACACACUGUCACACAGAUACACACACAUAUACUGACACAUGCACACACAGAUAUACACACAGACUGUCACAUGCAUACACUGACAAACAGAUACACACACACACAUAUACUAACACAAGCAUACACUGACACAGAUACACACACGCCUACUGACACAUACACCCACAGAUACACACAUACACAAACACACAUACUGACACAAAGAUAUACACACAUACUGGCACAUGCACACACUGACAUACACAAACACACAACUUGACAUACAAAUAAAUACAUACAUGUUAUAAGUAUCCUGUUAGUUAACAUAUCUUUGGUGCUCCAGACCCUACACUCCCAUCAAGCCCAACCAGCAGCAGACCCCAAGCAAGCCAGCCUGAUGUUUAUAUCUCUAGGAGGUGGCUUGCUUGGGGCCUGCUGUUGGCUGGGGUUUUGGGAGUGUGGGGUCUGGAGCAGCUCUCUGGUUGCUCCUCUUCCCACUGCUGCCUGUUGCGCCGCCCUCUCUCCCUCCUGCACGGUACUCCAAACCCAUUGUUUCCAGCCCAGAGUAGUAUUUGUCACAGUAAUAAUGAUAGAUAAAUAGAUAGACAGACAGACAAAAUAAGGUACAAAAAAAGUGUCCACACAAUGUUAAACGUGACUACUCUCACAACCAGUGAGAAAAGUACAUAAAUAUACUCAGAAUUUUCCCUUAAUCCUAUAUGCCAUGUAGAUAGCAGACAAAAAAGAAAAUAGAGAUGAGGUCGAUCCUAAAAAAAUGCAAAACAACACAUAAUGUUGCAGUAUAAUUUACAGUUACUAAAUGUAGGCAUUUUAAUAUUGUAAACACAAAUAGAGAAUGAGAGAGAGCCUUGUAUAUAAUUAAUGCAAGAGCUCUGCACUAUUGCAUUGCAUUUAGUUUUAUUAGACAUUUUCAUGGCCCCUUUUACAGGAUGUACGAUCGAUUGAAAGAACACUAAAUUAAUUUUAUAUAUAUAUAUAUAUAUAUAUAUAUAUUCAUUCUCAAUUUGUGAGUAAAACAUUAAAGGGACACUAUAGUCACCUGAACAACUUUAGCUUAAUGAAGCAGUUUUGGUGUAUAGAACAUGCCCCUGCAGCCUCACUGCUCAAUCCUCUGCCAUUUAGGAGUGAAAUUCCUUUGUUUAUGAACCCUAGUCACACCUCCCUGCAUGUGACUUGCACAGUCUUCCAUAAACACUUCCUGUAAAGAGAGCCCUAUUUAGGCUUUCUUACUUGCAAGUUCUGUUUGUUUAAGAUUUUCUUAUCCCCUGCUAUGUUAAUAGCUUGCUAGACUCUGCAAGAGCCUCCUGUAUGUGAUUAAAGUUCAAUUUAGAGAUUGAGAUACAAUUAUUUAAGGUAAAUUACAUCUGUUUGAAAGUCAAACCAGUUUUUUUUUCAUGCAGGCUCUGUCAAUCAUAGCCAUGGGAGGUGUGGCUAGGGCUGCAUACAGGGCCGGUGCAAGGAUUUUUGCCGCCCUAGGCAAAAGAAGGAUUUGGAAUGUAGUGUAUAGGGAUACCAGUUUGUGUAGGUGAUGCAGUGUGUUUGUGUGUAGUGGAAGCAGUGUGUGUGUGUGUAUAAGGGAUGUAUUGUGUGUUUCUUGUUGUGUGUAAGGGAUGCAUUGUGUGAAUCUGUGUUUGUAUGCAUAAGGGAUGCAAAGUGUGUUUCUGUGUAUGUAAGGGAUGCAGUGUGUGUGUCUGUAAGGGGUGCGUUGAGUGUGUGUAAGAGAUGCAUUGUGUUUCUGUGUGUAUGUGUAAGAGAAGCAGUGUGUGUUACGUUCUCAUCUCCCAUCAUCUCCCCCAUCAUCUCAUCUCCCAUCAUCUAUCCCCCCAUCCAUCAUCUCAUCUCCCUCCCAUCAUCAUCAUCUCCCCUCCCAUCAUCUCACCUCCCCCAUCAUCUCCCAUCAUCUCAUCUCCCUCCCAUCAUCUCCCCCCCCCGUAAUCUUCCCCCCCCACCCCACUGAGUGUGCACUUCCUGUCAUUCCGGCCGGGUCGCGGACCGGAAAGGAGCUCGGCCACGCUACAGGGCAGGGGAGGUGAGGCACUGCGGCAGCCGCCUGAGCGCUCUCUAUAGAGCGCUCAGGCGGCUGCAGAAUUUAAAGGGCCGGCGAUGGGGGCGCAGGGCGCCCCCUCCUAUAUGGCGCCCUAGGCGGCUGCCUAGUUCGCCUUAUAGGAAGCGCCGGCCCUGGUUGCAUAAACAGAAACAAAGUGAUUUAACUCCUAAAUGACAGUGAAUUGAGCAGUGAAAUUGCAGGGGAAUGAUCUAUACACUAAAACUGCUUUAUUUAGCUAGAGUAAUUUAGGUGACUAUAGUGUUCCUUUAAGAUAGACAAAUAGAUGUGCAUAGUUUUUACAAAGAAAUUGAUUAACCAGUUGUAGAGAUGUUCUGGGAUAACAUUAAAAUGUGAUUUAUAUUAUCUAUUAAAUAUGCCUAACAUUAAUAAUCUUUAUCUUUUUAUUUAGCCAAAGGAAAAAAGGAAACCUGUGGUCCAGCCUAGUUUCCAUUGCUGGAGUUCAACUUCUGAUAUAUAUUUGGGUUGCAAAGGAGGACAGCUGCUAAGUAUCAACUCGGAAACUCGGAAAGUCACUAUCCUGAGCCAAAAAGAGCCUUCUUCCUCUGGUAAUAACUCAAUGACCAACUUCAUUUAUUUAGGACUUGUACGAGAGGGCAUUGUAAUGAAUGGAUAUGUGACCUAUAAAUUAUAAGCAAACUUGAAGUUUUUUUAAGUGCAAGUUUUAUUUUACUUUAAGAACAAUCACUCGCUUCACUGGUGGCAGACCAAACUAUUUUAUGUGGCAGCCUUGGCUACAACAUUUUUAAAAUUCUUUCUCUGUGAUCUCAGAUAGUCAACUCCCCUGAGCAUUUAUCGAUAGCAUAUAAUCUACCCUGUGCAAUAUCACAUGACAUCUCUUAUAGGAAGACACUACAGUCCAUUACAGCAAAUACACUUGGGCCUUAAUUUAAUAUUUGCAAUAGGCUUUUUAAAUUAUUUAAUAUUUUUAUACAUACUUAUUAAAUUAUCUUUCCAAAAUAUUAAAAUAUUAAAUAAUAUAUGAUAUAAAAAAUAUAGAUAUAUAUAUAAAAAUAUUAAAAUGUAAAAGUUUAUCCAAAAAUAUUAAAUGAAGGCAUUUUCUAACGUAAAGACGUAUGAUAACCAUCUGCCUCCGUUGACCACCCCUUAACAAUUACUAUUAUUGAUAUAGCGCCAACAUAUUCCACAGUGCUAUACUCAAGGUAAGCAAAACAUUAAAUUCUAACAAAGCACGUAUGACGUCCAGGAAUAGUGGGUUAAGAGGACCCUACCAAAAUAAGCUUACAAUCUAGGAGAGCAUAGGGAGGGAUCAGAACGAUGUUUUGUUUUUGUAGAAAAUAAAGUGGGAGGAGAGGAAUGCACGUUAAUGUUUCAUAUGCCAAUGCUGUAUUUACACUGUGCUGCGGAAUGAAUUGUCGCUAUAAAUGCCAACGAUAAUAAUAAUAAUAAACUGCAUAUUUAUAAAUAUAAUUAUUUUUCAGAAGAACAGCUUAUCAAAGCUUUCCGUGAAGACAGCAUAAAGACAAUGGCACUUCAUAAAAAUGGACUAUACAUAGCUGGCAUGGUGAGAGCCUGUAUAAUAUUGUGCAUAGGAUUUGCAAUGAGUCCUAAAUACAUUUACAAAAAGGGAGAACAGUGCACUUGCUUUAAAAGGGCAUUAAUUCCACAAGAGUUCUCCAGACAAGGAGGUUAAGUUCCCUAAGUUUUCCACUGGAAAUAUUUACAAAUGCCCAAACAUAACCGAUGGUUUCUGAAAGUAGUCUUUAUUUGGGACAAAAAAGUGUAAAAACAUUCAGCUCUUACAUGAGCCUUUGUCAAAACAAAAAUGGCAAGUGAAACAACCAACAUAUAUAUCAACCCUAAUAACAAUAAAGCGGCAAUAAUUUGAUAUCAUUAAUUAAAUCAUUUAACUCACACAAUCAGAAGGGAGGGAGGGAGUGUAGUUACAGUAUGUGGCUAUGGGCAAGGCAUUAGGCUUUAUAAAUGCAAUUAAAAUACAGUCCAUUUCCAGGAACAUUAAUUGGGACAUAUCUAUGUUAUGCAAAUGUGACCUAGUAUCCUUCUAUUAUAUUUGCAUAAUGAUAAAGUGCUUCCCGAUUGUUGGCCAAUAUACAUAACCUUACUGUAUGACUCACGGGAAACCGCUUUUAAUAUGCUGAGUAAGGUGACACUAACUGUUUAAAAUGGUAGCAAGGUGUAUUUGGACAUUUCAAAGACAUAUUGUACUUAAUUUUACUUAACCUUAUGAGUUAUCAUAUUUGCAGCAAUGUAUAGGUAUACAAGUAUAGCUCUCCUGUGUGUUGAAGAAACGGUGCAUCUUUUUCUAUAAGUGUUAGUGAUCAUGCUGUACUGUUAAUAAAUUGACUAAUCUGUUUCACAUUAUAGGAUGGUGUUGUGUGGUUAUGCUCUAUAAAGGGUUCUGAGUUUAAAGUGCAAGAAUGCUUGGAUGCAAAAGAGCCCAUCGACAGCAUUGAUUUUUCUGCAGAUUACAAAAUACUGUCAGUUGCAACAUGUAAGGUAUGGACCUGCAGAGAAUUGUUUGUUUAUUUAUUUUAUUAAACUAAUUGUUAGCACUAACUAGUAAAAUAUUACAACACCUUAUUCAGGCAACACCUUAUUCAGGCACUUUUGUUUUACCAUUUCAUUUAAAGGGACGCUUCAGGCUUUUUAAAAUGAAUUAACUAGAUCAUACUUUAAAAAUAUAUCCAAAUUUACAUAGUAAAAGUAAUGAAGCACGAAGACACUAGUCAUCGUUGCAGUUUGUGUAUUUGGUGUAAAUCUACAAAAAUGGCCUCUUCUGCAGUGAACUCUGCCCAGACCUGGUAGGAAGUGAUUAUGAUCCUUUUAGCUGUCUGUGGCAGUAUUCCCAUUAGUGCUUUAUGAGUCCUGCUGUCAGAUGUCACUUAAUUGCAGCACUAUAACUCUUGGAAUAAGUUUCCUUUAAUCAGAUACAACUGUAUUAUUCGAGCCUAGACAUAAUCUGUAAUAGUUGGGAGAGAGAGCAGAAAUAUGGGCUUGUGGAGCAAAACUGCUAUUAGUAAAACACAAAAAUUCCUAACCUAACUAAUCCUAACUGAACCUACAUAGUAUGUAAUGUGCAAGACUGGAGUAGUGUUAUGUUACACUAAAGUGAGAAUUAGCCGUAAUUCAAAUGAAUUCAAACUGAAUUUCAAAUUUCAGGGGAGAGUAGCCAAAUUCGAAGCAUAUGGGACUUUGAGAAUUUUUAUAAAUAACCAUGAUAGAGUGCUAGAUGUGCUCAGUGGAAAGAAACUGAACUGGUGGUUUACAGUAAAUGUUUGACAGUUUAUAUGGCUCUUUAAGAAGCAAAAAUAUACAUUGCAACAUUACAAAAAAAAAUAAAGGUUUUCUUAUCUAAACCAGAAAUUGUGGAGAAUUGACAAAUUAAUUGUAAACUUAAAGCCAGUGUAGACAAGCUGGUAGCAUAGCUAAAUUGGAGAAUGUUUCCGGGUUAUCUUUUUUGUCCUAAAAUGUGAAAUCCCCUUCUCAAUUCUCCACAUUUCGUGGUUUGAUAAAUAAAUGCAUAUGAAACAAAUGUGCUCAGGUUUGCUUGACAUACUAUAUACUGUGAAUUAAUUUAGGGAGAUCUUUAAUAUAGUGCUUGGUAAGUAGUAGAUCCUUAUGCCACCAGCAGUAGUGGUAUAAAUUCUUAGUCCAUGCUAUGUUUAUCUUAUUGUCGGCUGCUUUACUGCUCUUUUGGGAGUCUAUAAAACACUGUUCUGCAGCAUUAAACCUGUUGGAAGCGUUAAUAAUACUUUAUAAUAGUUCUAAAUCGUGGCAUAUUCUUUCUUUUUAAAUUAGCGAUGAUAGUACACAAUGUUCUGUUGAAGUUAUAGUGGGCGUAUGUAGUGAUGGUAGUCUAUUGGCAUGUGGAAUAUGCCACGAUGCUUAUCCAGGUGCUAGGCUCGUUUAGGAUCAUGUGGAAUUUCGUUAUUGAUAGGCCUUUUAAAAUAUUGACAAGUGGAUUUUUACAUUAAUAUGUACACAUUUGAUGUUCUGUUGCUAGGGAACACUAUACAUCCAUGACACAAGCAGAACAGAAGAAACACAAAAAAUAUUAAGUGUAAACAACGAGGACUUGCUUGCAGCUGACUUUUUGACGUCUGGAAAUAAAUGCUACUUGGUGAGUUGCCGUUUUGUUUUAUCUUUGGAAUUCUGACUUUUUUGACUGUGAAAUAUUGGUUGCAACUGAAAGUGGAAAAGAAGACCUUCUCAGCCAACCUGUAAAAAAGCAAAAAUAAAGAGAGGGUCAAACAAAGACCCAAAAUAAUAAUUUCAAAUUUGAUCAAGUUUACGUAAAGUUUUGAUGAAAACAUUAGCUUUUGAUGCAAGGAACAAAACAACAUUUUCACCCAUAUAUUACAUGAUCUGGCUGUCAUGGCAAAGGGCAGAUCAUGUUUUCAAAUCCCAUUGUACACAGUGUACGAUGUCACACCUUGCAGAAGUUGCAGUAAAAACAAACUUUUUUCACUGUGUUACUGAUACUGAAAAGCUGGACUCCUACUAUCAGUGCAAAACUAGGGACAUAUCCCAUCCUGCCUGUGAUUGCCCAAUAUGCCCUCUUCUGGCAAACAAACUCCAGUUAUGCUAUUUUUCCAUGCUCUUUUAUUUAGUCCAAAAAUUUACAGUUCUCUUCCUGUUUAGUAAAUAAACUAUAGGAGAUAUUUGUGUUGAAAAUAAUGUAUAUUUAUUUUUGAAUUACAGAGCAUAGGGGUAUCAGGAGAACUGCAAGUGUGGUCGGUUGAGGAUGGAACAAGGCUUGGCACUCUCAAUCUCAAUAUACAGGUAACUAACACUUAAUACAUUACAUUCUGCAAGACAAUCCUAGGUGUUUGCCAAUCAGCAUACCAGGCAAUAAACCUUAGAGUUCUCAAAUGCAAGAUGUCUUUCACUGCUUACAUAAAUAAUGUAUUUGAAAGGUUUAGAUCAGAAAUUAUCAAGACAAACUGUAUAGUAAGAGGAAGCACUAACAUACAUCAUAUUUUUCUUUAAGGCAACGUGUAUGGCAUGCUGCCCUUCGUCCCAUUAUGCAGUUGUUGGAAGCAGUGAUGGACAUGUCUAUUUCAUUGAUGUUUCAAGACCACAAGCUCCUCGGAUUGUCCAAAGAAUCACACUUUAUCAUGUUCCUGUAAAACACCUACAGUGAGUCAUGGUAGCUCUGCGUGGGGAGGCUGAUCAAGAUAAAGUGCUUGACAAAUUUACCAUUCUCUGGGUGUCUCGCAGUUUCCCUGAGAUCCAUUUCAACUGACCUCAGUGAGAGCUCAGAUCAGAAGAGUUUUUCAAUGUAAUAAGGAUUGAAUCACCGGACUCCAAUGUUGAAUCCUUGAGUUAAUAAACCAUUGGCAGUUUACAGUAUUAUUAACGUUAUUUGUGUGGUGACCUUUUUUCCAAAUGUUGAAAUAAGUAAAAUGAAAGGAUAUCUGUCAUGCCAGGUACCACUAAUAUUCUUUUUAAAGAGAAAUACAUUCUAUCUCUACAUUGUGCUAGCAGAUUUAUUAGUAAAUCUAUAGAUCUGGAGCAAAACAGGGGUUUUAAUAAUAGGGUUUUCUCCCACCUGUUAAUCAAUUCUUCAGCAUAGACUUUAUGCCAAAUAUUUGAUUGCCAAGGGAGAGUGGCAGAGAACCACCUUCUGCUCUCCGUGUAUAGAAACCACAGCACAUGCCGUGGCAUUGGUGAGUUCGGUAAUGACAGGUUCCUUAUAAAUGCAAGCAUUCACAUUUUUUCCUGACUGCGGCUUUUGACACUGUUGGUGAUUUUCUUAUACUUCAAAUGCACAGAGAGAAUCACAAGCUUACCCAAAAUCAACCCUGAAGUCCACAACUGUAGAACUACAACUCCCAUGAUGCUUUGGCAGUCUCAAAACUGUAAGGGCAUCGGUGAAGUUGUCGUUCUCUAGCUAGUUAUCUCACCUAUAAAUAUUGCAAUCCUAUACGUUGGACCUUUUUCAUCACGGGACUGUUGUUACUGACAAUUUCUAAUAGAACCUCUUUUUCAUAGUUUUGACCAAGAAGGGAGAUUUCUUCUGAGCGGAGCAGCUAAUGGACAAAUAUUUAUUGUAAAUGCAAAACCAUCCCGUUCAUUUCUUGUUCUUGGAUGCAUAGGUAAGUAAGCAUCAGUGCACUUUUACAUAUGUUUUGCUAAAGUGACUAUUACUAUUCUAAUGCCAUUAAUAGUUAUAUGUGGCAGAAAUCAUAUAACUUAUUGAGUUGUUGAAUUAACUCUUUGAGCACCGGAGGUUUAUAUAUCUACCAUUAAAAGGAAAAUGAUCAUGUUUUAUUGAAGGGACACUUUAAGCAGCAUCAGAACUACAGGCACUUGAUGUCAUUCCAUCGUUCUGUAAAACCUCAGAUUUACCACAGAUUAGGAAAUCUGAAGUGUCCCCUUUCUCACCAUAUUGCCAAUGUAAAAGCAAAGUUCCCAUUUUUGGCAGUAUCAGUUCUGCCCAUAUUUGGAUUGCAUUCAUUUGUCAAAUGUGUCAAGUGAUACACUCAGUGAGUGAAUAUUAUCCACGUUUGGACAAAAUUGAUACUGCUAAUAGAAGUCUAACAUUCACAGUAGCAAUACUCUGAAUGAUGGUCUGGUGGAUCCUCAGAUUGUGUCAAAUCACUCAAAAUAUCCCAGGGAAUGCCACCUGGACCACACUUGCACCAUAACCAAUAUAGCAAGCAUUUCAAAUUUACAUAUAGCCUAUUUGUAUACUGUUCUUUAAUGCAUACACAUAUAUGUCCAAUGCAUCCCCUAGUUUAUCCAUACUCUAUGGCAGGAGUAGGCAACCUUUGGCACUCCAGAUGUUGUGUAUUACAUCUCCCGUGAUGCGCUUACAGCCAUAAUACUCAAGGGACAUGUCGUCGAUAACAUCUGGAGUGCCAUAUGUUGCCUACCUUGCUUUGUGGGGUGGACAUUUUAAAAUUCUGCUUAUAUUGAAGACAAAGGGAAAUAUGAAUGUCAGAAACCAACUCACUCAUAAUAUCUGAAACCAGAUUAGAAACCAGUGUUGCACAUUAUAUUAUUUCACCUGAAUGAUAAGUCCUCAGUGUUUGCAGCAUGUCAUUGCUGUCCAAGAUUGAUAAUGCAGAUGUUGUUUUUUUACAUUAUCCAUACUGCAGAAGACAGACCAGAUAUUAGGAGCCAACUGUAAGCAAUUUUUUAAGACUCUUUGCACCAUAAACACUGCAAAGAGAUGUAGUGGUUAUGGUGUGUAGAGUGUCCCAUUAACUAAUCAAUUCUGUUCCUUUUUUUAUUACACAUUUAGCAAUUUAUUUCGCUCCUACAGCAUAUGAAUCGCACAUACUAAGGACUGCACUAAUUGUUUUUUCGCAUAGCCCAACAGCAUGUAAGAAUGAUAUGUACCCAUUAAAAUAUGGUGGAUCUGCUAAUUUACACGUGCUCUCUAAUUUCAAUGUGAGUCUACAGAAUGGAAAUAGUUCCCCAUUGAUCGGAAAUAAUGCACAAACUAAUGUUUUCUCAAGUAAAGCAUAUCCUUCAUACUACACAAUUAUUACUCAUUUAUGCAGUUCAGAUCUUAUCUUGGUGAUAAUUUGUUUAUGCCAAAGUAGUGGUUAUGGUGUUAUCAGCCUGUGGUCACUGUCUCUAGGUUCUUUUUUUAAAGAAACUAAAAUAAAAAACAGAAGAUGAUUCAUUAUCACACUGGCAAUAUUAAUUUAAUCCACAUCUGGCAGUUGUUGAUUGACUGAACACAUUGACACUUUCAUCCAAUCAAUGGCAUACAAAUAUGGAUGAAAUAGAUAUUGAUAACGCACAUGUGGAAGUUAGCAAGUUUGACAAUUGUGGGCCAUGCAGACUCCCCAUUUUUGAUCAAACUGCUUAAAAAGCAUUUGAGCAAGAACCCGUGGAUUGUGUCUGCAGUCUUAAAGCACCAAUACCACUACAUCAGUUGAUUGACUGCUUAAUUUUUCUGACUGUUUAAUUCAUCAUUUGGAAGAUAUGACGUUAUUUUGAGUUGUAUAUAGGAUUUUAUUAUUUUGUGCCGGACAUGGUAAAACACCAAAAUAUUUUGUGUUUUGUAAAUUAUGUUUUGUAUUUGUAAUAAUCAAUUAAUUGGUAACAUCAUGUUGCAUCAUGGUAUUCAUUAUCAUUUCACAAUGAAUCUUGUUUGAUCUAACAGUGGCUGGCGGAGACAUUCUGUCCCUUUCUACAAUGAGUUCUGUGGGUACCCAGCAAAUUAAAGCUUUGGCACUUAUCUGCCCCAUGGGAGAGAAUAAUGAAGAGGCUGGAGGAACUCAAUUGGCACUAUUUUCUCUGACAGAAGAUGUCUUUUCAAGUAAGCCUUGUUUGCAACCCAUCAUUGACAGAGGUUUUGUUAUUAACAAUUUUCAUGUGAAAUUGUCCAAAUUUUAAAUGUUUAGCAUCAGUAUGGCAAGGCCAAAAAUGCAGUGCAGCUUCAGCAACAACUUUUAUAAUGUUGAACUAAUUACGGUUGUCCUCUUACCUUAAAUACCACUAACACUAGAGACAACAUAAAAAUAAAAUUAAAAUUAGUUAAACAUAAAUGGUGGUGUAAUAACGUUCCGUUCUUUUGGGUUGCCUGAGCCGUAAAUCAGCAUUGUCUUACUAUUUACUUACAGACCCUGAUAAAUACAGGGAUGAAAGAGGCAUGUUUAAUGACCAGGUGAUUCAGAAGUGUCAAUAUGAAGUGGAAGACCCUCUGUGUUCUGCAGUGUUUGGAAGCGAUGCCAGCUCAGUCUUUGGGUACUGCAGUUUCUCUCCCUUUAUUUACAAAUAUGUGCUCCCAGAGGUAAGUGACACACAUUAUAAGCAUUCUGCUGAUAAUAUUGUCUGUUUACAAUGCAUAAGUAGUCAUCAUUUCAAGUUAUUCUGUUUAUCAGCUCUGUCUUAAUGCCAAGAGCCUUAAUAAGCUGACUCGGCCAGGUGCCAUCUUUGCAGGGAUUUUCUGUUUUCAGUGAAAAAGAUUCUCUCUUCCCGAACUCUUUGGCUCACUCAUUUUGCAAGCCGGCCUAGGAACGAAGUGUGGGAAACCAAUGCACAGAAAUACAGCUCUCACAACAGUGUAACAAUUAACCUCCAAAAACGUGUUUACAAGGUUGAUGUAUACAGCUGUAACACAUGCCGUUAUGCUAUUAAUUACGCUAAUCUCUUUUGGAGAUUGAAGUUCUCCAACUAAGCUAAAUGUACCAGUUAGUAGGUCUCUCACCAACCAAAUGUGAUAAUCACAAAAAAAGAUACUUCUUACUGUGUUUCUCUUGCCGCAAAUCCAUAGUCAAUGAUUCUCCUAAAGUGAUGUCUGCUACACCUUUAGUAUGAGGUAGCACUCAGUGCAUAUUAGUAAGGGACUACUCCAUCUACUGGUCAAAAUAGGGAAUACUCCAAAAAGUAUAAUAAAAAAAUGCCUUAUUAAAUAAGCAAUAAGCAAUCUAUUAUAUCAAAACAAGAUAAUACAUCUUACACAAUAAUAAUUUCCAUAUAGAAAGCCAACAUCUAUCACAGAGUAAUAGUAAACAUAGUAGUACCACAAAUAAGAGAGAGAAAAAAAUAUGAAUAAAUACAAUUUCUUCUGGUCAAAAUGUCUAAUAUUACCUUAAUUAUGUGAAAGAGUAUCAGGAAAUCCCAACGUGUCAGUGCUUGGCCUUUGUCAAGAGAUGUCUGCCUCAACCAGGAACAGACUGAAAUACCUGAAAAAACUGUCAGUCAAACCCUUUUGUCCUAUUAAAUCUAAUUGGAUAACUAUUGCUCAUUCCAGAGUUUGACUUUAGAUUUGUUAAUGUGCCAUAAUUCCAAUAUAUAAAUGAAUGGACUUUACAGCCACAAGCAUAUCCCCUUUUACUUCGUAAUAAUAAAGGACUGUUACUUUUGAAAGAGAAAAAAUGUCUUCCUUACUGGUCAUUCACUUGCACUAAUGAUUUCCAUUCAUUUUCUUGGAAAUGGAAUGUGUUGUAUAAUUGAAUUGGUGUGAACCUAAGUUAAACAACUUGCAAGUCUAUGAGAUAUAAUAAGUGAAUAUGAUUUACUCCAGAAAAUCAAUGGGGAUUUAGUGAACCUACUAACGCCAGAGAAGAAAGUCAGAGGAAGUCAACUUGGACCUGGGUUUCUUUGCUGCUCUCCUCACCACAAGUGGCUGGCAGUGUUUGCAAAAGAUGGCAUGGUAUACCUCCAUGAUUCACAUAACCUGGUAAGUGUUGUUCUUGUUGGUCAGAAAAAAAAGUGGUCUUUGAUAAUUCCUGGUAUCUUCAUGCAAGUUAGUUGAUAGCAUACCUCACUUAAGGUAGAAUCACAGAAAGUUUGAUGUUUAGAGUCUGGUAUUAGGAUCAGUGGGUCACAGAGCUGUUAGAUCAUGUCUAAGUUGUAAUGAAAUAAUAAAUGAUCACUUUAAUAUGUACUAAUUUAUACCUUCUUUUAUGUGUUCCAGGAAAAAUUUGCACAGGCUCAUUGUCAUUCAUACCAUACAGGAGGGAUACAAUCUUUAGCCUUUUCUUUGGAUGGGCUUAGGAUCGUCACCACAGGGAUAGGGGAUGGUGCGCUUGUGUACUUAAGUUGGAAGUGAGUACAAAUCUUCAUGAUUAAAAUGAGGGGGUAAUGGGGUUACAACACUGUUAACUGGAACUGUGCAAACUACACUGCAUCACUUGAUUAACUAUUUUCAUCAGUUGUGCAAUAAGAUUUUCUUAAUCAAUGGAUUUACCCAGUACUCAAUCAAUUGACUCACUUCUCUUUUAGUUUUAACAGCAAUGACGUGUGACUGCACCUAUUACUGCUGCAUUGUGACUGGCCAGUGUUGUGUUCAUACUUAAAAUGCUGGGUAGUUGGUGGGUAGUUAGUGCGUGCAUGAGUGAAUAGUUGUUGUAGUUUGUGUGUGCAUGUGUGUGUAUGUUCUCAAGUCUGUUUGCUUAAUAAUGCAGGAAUUUGGCGCAGUGCUUUAAAAAUAUCUUAAAGUUAUCACCUCGAUAUUCCACGAGGGAGUAAGUGAAAUAUUUCUACUUUUCAAUAAAUACCUGUGACAUUUUGAGAAAUCAAAUAUGUACAAACACUAACUCACUCAGAGGAGCAGGUGUGGUGUGCUUGUAAUGCUAUACAAUCAAGUCACAAAUGGUAACCAUUAAGUGGAUGACAAUCAGUGGAGGUGAAUGAGAUAAGAAUGUAGACAUUCGUGUGUGGCCUGACUCUUCAUGUGAGAAGUCGCAUCUCCAGUGAGCUCCCUAAUAGCUGACUCAAAUACAGCUAAAUAUCCUCAACUAAACUACCCAAAUGGGCAACAAAAUAAAUCUACGGUGCCUUCAGAACCCGAGUACCCGGGCGCAGGCAAAAAAGCCGGAGACCUGGACAAAUACUUCAGGGACAAAGUGAGAGUUCUCGCGGCCGACACAGACAACAGUCACGUGGCACCAUCUUUGCCACGCGACUCUCCUCCACACAGCCCGACACCCUCGGAACAAUCUUCUAUCUCAAGAAUGUCGGCUAUAAAAGACAUCUUGCACAACUUACCCUCAAAAAAAGUGUUUCAAAAUCCAAUAAGCCCAAAUAAUGUCUUUAAAGCGCAAUACAUCCCAGAGGCCAUAGUCACGUGGCAGGAGGCUGGCAAUCAGUCUUCUCCAAUGCCCAGUGGCGAGGUCGGUUUCACCACAUACUGUAUUUUCCAUAACCAAGGAAUAACAUACACAGGUUGAGGCCUAGUUGGGUCCCAAACACCCCUACCUACACUAACAACACACUAGAGAAGGGGCGUAGAGACCUCCAUUUAGCUUGACUAGUCAGUCUUGGUUAUCAGAACCCCAUGACAAAGUUUGAAGCUGGGCUUCUCCAAUGCCAAAUGGUUAUCUCUUCAGGGAGAAUAAGGCAAGCCCAAAACACAUUUGGCUUACUACAUAACACAAUCUAAAUCAGCUAUAGGGAGUUUAGCUCUGCUAAAUAUCACACGUUACACUGCAAUCUGCUACAAAGAUACAUAUUGAAGUACAACUUCUAGACUUUUGCAUUCCUUAACCAUUUGACCCACCCCCCCAGCAUUGUUGUUCCUGGGACCGAGUAGGCCCAGAGCGGUACUUAUAUUAGACAAAUCAAUUUUCUUAGGCUACCUCCUGGUCUAGUAAGAAAUAACUGGAUAAUACGAGUGACUGACAAAGUGACAAAAGACAUCUAAGAAUACAUGAAGUUAACGUCUUCUACUGUUUGUAACGCAAACUUAAUUUUUCAUUGGAUAGAGCGCCAAUAGGGUGCAUUGUAUAUACUUGUUUUUGGUUAUUGUUUUUUUUUAUUCUUGUCAUUGUUUCUUAGUUUCAUUCAUCUUAUUGGGACAUAAUAAUUUUCUUAUUGUAUCCUACCUGUUCAAAGAUACACAUUUCUAAUUGUUUGAGAGUGACUUAGGUUUGCCGGGAAGUUAAAAGCGGGAUGGGAUUACUCAAUAUCCUCUCCUAUAAUGUAGGGGGUCUCAAUUCGCCGGAAAAAAAGGCAUAUGGCACUAAGGGAAUUUAUCCAAUUGGGUGCAGACGUAGUCUUUGCCCAAGAGACACAUGUAAGGGGUAGGGGCGCCCCCAUCCUUAGACACCAUAAAUUCCCCUAUGUUUAUUACAACAACUUCACCAGAAGUAAAUCAAGAGGGGUAGCCCUCCUGAUUGGAGCUAAUGUUCCCUUCAUUACACGAAACACAUUGCUGACGAAUCUGGGAGAUAUAUUAUACUUCAUGGUCUUAUUGUAUCCUCCCACAUAACACUUGUGACGGUAUACCUCCCGAAUAAACAUCAAUAUGGAACCUUUUGUAAAAUUAUGUCUAUAGUGCAAAACAACACGACAGGCACACUAAUCAGUGGUGGGGAUUUUAACGAAAACGAAAUUCAAGACUCCUUUCCUUAUACUCCAUGGGAGGCUCAUAAGGCAGUGGUUAGGGGGGGAACUAAUUAAGUGGGGAUCACACGUCAAAAAAGAGAGAAACAAGAAAAUGACCAAACUCCUAGAAGACAUAAAACAGACUGAAGAGGCCCACAAGCACACUAUAUCUGACACUGAUUACCGCAACCUCCUUUCACUGAGAUCUGAACUUCACUCUCUACUACAAGAUAAGAUUAAAAAAGCCAUGUUAUGGAGGAAGCAACUAUAUUACACUCUGGGGAACAGAUGUGGCAAACUUUUGGUGCAAGCCCUAAAACAAAAGCAGACACUAACGUACAUCCCAAAAAUUAGGAAAACAGACAAAACACUUGCCCAGAAGAUGGAAGACAUAGCCGAAACAUUCCAGGAAAACUAUCUUUCACUGUAUAAACUAAAAAAGGGGCCAUCCAACACUGACGAGAUAAAAACAUACUUGAAUGACAAAUUCGACAGAAUCCUCCCACCCUCAGUGUCUUGAUCAUUAGAUGAGCCAUUCACAAUGGAAGAGCUUACACAAGCCAUCAAAUCAGCCCUGAACAACAAGAGCCCUGGCCCGGAUGGGUUCUUGGCCACUUACUAUAAGACCUUUCAAAAAGAAUUAGGCAAACACUAUCUAGAGGCCAUUAACUCCAUCUCACCGAAUAGAAUAAUACCCAGGUCCAACCUGGAGGAUAAUAUCACUUUGCUUCCCAAACCAGGGAAAGAUUUGGAGAGAUGCUUGAGCAUGAUAUUUCUCAUAAACGUAGAUGUCAAGAUUUUUACCAAAAUAUAAGCCUCUAGAUUGAGACCCUUUCUCUCAGACCUAGUCCACCCUGAUCAGGCCGGAUUGGUCCCAGCAAGGGAAGCAAAAGACAACACCACCAAAAUCAUAAAUCUGGUACAUGUAGCUAAGCAAGCCAACACACCAACAGUAUUACUGACAAUUGACGAGGCAUUUGACAGGGUGGACUGGUCAUUCUCAAUAAGCACUUUGGAGGCAUUAGGGUUUGGCAACCUGUGGAUCAAAUGCAUCCGGGCAAUAUACUCUGCACCAACUGCUAAAUUGAAGGUCAAUGGGCAACUGUCUGGAUCAUUCCCCAUUACCAAUGGUACGCGCCAAGGCUGCCUCCUUUCACCCCUUCUUUUUAUUUUAGCUCUAGAACCCCUUCUACAGGACGUACGUAGAUGAGUGAACAUAGAGGGCAUUCAUAUACAAAAUCAGGAAUACAAGGUGUCGGCAUUUACCGAUGGCCUUCUGUUUACCAUUGCAAACCCUAAGAAAAGUUUGCCACAUCUGAUGGAGGUACUCACGAAAUACAGUAAACUAUCUAAUUUUAAACUAAACACAGAGAAAUGCGAGAUUCUAAACUUGAAUCUCUCAAACACUCAAGUCUCCGUCCUCAAACAGACGUAAGUCUCCUUUCCAGUGGGCUAAACAGUCAAUAAAAUAUCUGGGGGUACACAUUAAAACAUCGAUUCGGACCCUAUACUCAACACAUUUUCCAGGCUUACUAUUCUCUAUACAGAAGAAUCUAGACACAUGGGACAAACCGCACUUUAGAUGGAUGGGACGGAUUAACAUUAUAACUAUGAACGUCCUCCCACACGUUCUAUAUCUCCCACAAAAAUGUUUCCACAUGGUCCGAAUCAUGCUUACGAAAUUCAUAUGGGUCAAGAAAAGACCACGCAUAGCAUACCAUAUACUAACUAGGCCCAAGGAGAGUGGAGGGCUCAGUUGCCCUCAGAUACUUCACUAUCAUCAAGCCAUACACAUGGAAAUAAUCACUGAAUGGUCAAAUGUUCAUGACAGUUGAGCACACACCCGGUGCUGAAACACUUCUAGAAAAUUAUGCAAGGCAUAUAGAGACAUACGCACAGAAUUAGUUAUCACAUUUGAUUCCUAAAAUGUAACAUGAUGUCUGUAAUGUAAGUUAGCUAUCAGAUAAUGUUACUGAUUUGUAUUGUACAAUGUUCAACGAUUCUCAAAAUUUUAAAGCCUUUUCUGUGAAUUAUUGUAAUGUACACAAAGCCAUGCUACAAUGACUGUGUUUGUUUGGAUAUAAAAAAUUCUUACAAAAAUACAUUUAUUUAUUUUUAAAGUGUAGACGUUAAACGCAAGUGUUGAUUUAAGAAACCUGUUGGUAUUUUUGAGCCAUCUACCAGCUGUUGGUAGGUUUCUUACCUUAUAGCAUGUUUCAUGUGAAAUGCCAAAGAUUUAGUAAGCAUUAUCAUCAUCUUGAGACAUUAUCACUGCCUGUUUUGGUUUUUUUUUCAAGUGAAGUGGAAAUCAAUUAAUAUAUUAAUGCCAGCACAGAACUUACAAUUUAUUUUGCUCCCAUGCAAUCUGUUGGGUAGACAUUUCCCCUCUCCAAUAAAGUUCAUAAGAGAACAUUGAAGUGGGGAUUUAAACAUAUUUACAUAUGGAUAAAUAGGUACCUUUCAGCUAACCUGCUACCAUUUGUUUCCCUUGGGUGUUCUGGUCACGCUCCACUUCAUAGUUAUUAUCUCAUAUCAGGUGAUAAGAGCAGCGGCACACCUAAUGCAGGCCCAAUUUUCCUCCCUCUUCCCUUAUCUCUACAGGCAUUUUGCAUGAAUUUGAACUUAGUUUGUUAAAUUUUAAAGAAAAAAAAAAAUCAUUAUUAUCUCUAUGUACUAUUGAUCACUAGAGUAAAAGAAAUGCACAUAUUUUACCAAAAUUUUUAAAUGUAUUUUCAAGUAAGACUUAAAUGGUGAUUUUUAUUUUUUUCUACUCUAAUCCAAUAUGCUACACCCACCUGGGUCUUAAAUUAUAAAUUCUGCUACAUUUCAGGACUACUGGCAAUAGCAGACUACGAGAAGCCUAUCAGCAUGGACAAGAUCUGGAAAAUUCUCUGCAAACAGGCAUGGAGAAGGAGGAUAAUGUGUUAAAGAAAAUAAUGACAUGGUCAUCACAAGCAACUGUCUCCGAUAAACAAGAGAAAGAAACAGAGGUUGGUAAAUAAGAUUAAUUUAGUUAUAUACAUUUUGUAGCUUUACAUAGAGGGUCAUUCACAAAUGAGUGAAUUUAUCAAAGUGGAUUUCAAAUUUAAAGACAGAAACUGAAAACAGAAUUGACUUUGGCCUUAAUUUUUAAAUUUACUUUGAAUUCCCAGUAAUUCUCAGUUAAGUGAUUAAACCCAAUAGAUACAUUUUAAAUGAAUGAAGAAUGAAAUAAAUUAACAUAUUAACCCCUUAAGGACCAAACUUCUAGAAAAAAAAGGGAAUCAUGACAUGUCACACAUGUCAUGUGUCCUUAAGGGGUUAAAAAAAUGACUUUCAUUCCCCAAAUAUUUAACAAAAUGAAAAAGCUAACUUGUUGAAUAUCAGAAGAAGGUAACAGGGCAGGGUAUUAAAGGAACAGUUCAAGUACCAUAGCCUCUACAGCUCAUGUAGUGGUUAUGGUGCCAGGAGUGCCCUUCAAUGCAGGGCUUAGUUCAGUGGCCGAGAACGAUCAACUGACACUUUUAGGUGAGUCACAGUCAGGAGAGCUGGGGCUAGAGUUGUAUUAAUAAAGUGAUUUAACUCAUAAACAGCAGAGAGUUGAGCAGUGAGACUGCAAGGGCAUCUAUACAUCAAAACUGAAACAUUAAACUAAUGUUGUGCUGUUGCUUAGAGCGUCCUUUUAAAAUGAAUUUAAAUAGAAGCCGAUCAUCACAUAAAAAAUAUUCUCAAUAGUUUAUUUUUGGAAUUUGGCACUCCAGAUGUUUUGGACUACAUCUCCCAUAAUCCUCGUACAGCCACAAGGCUGGCAAAGAAUCAAUGGAGAUGUAGUCCACCACAUUUAGAGUGCCAAAAGUUGUCUACGACUGGUUUAUCCAAUGGUGUUGAUUCUAAAGAAGUCACAUUUCCUGUUUAACACAUUUAAUUUUAUUCAGGAUAAUCCAACAAGUGUGGAGGUAACUGAACAUGAUGAUGGCUACACCAGAAAUUCAUCACUUGCUGCCAACCCCACCUGGCUUGAUCAGAAAAUGAACGAAGUAUGUUUAUCAGAAGUUUUUCGCACAUAUUGCAUGUGUACAUAACAUGGAUAAUAACAUAAGCACCUAUACAGAUAACAUGUACAUAUAUGGGAUUCAAUUUGUUGGUGAUUGAUGACAUGUCUUGACAUUGGUGGAACUAAUGUGGAAAGGGCCCUGGUGCAAGAAAGUUUUUUGGGCCCCCCUCUAGUACAAGAUUGGCCAAAAGGUAGAUUAACAUGCGUACAUCUACAAUGCUAUACCAGGGGGUGAUCUACCAUUUGCCCAUUCUUGCAAUGCUGUAUUUGUGAGCAGUGUUUGUGCAUAUAAAUGUAAGUAUGUUUUGUAAAAAGUAUGUGAGAUGUAAAGUAUUGACAUGGGUGUAUUUGUAUGUUCUGUUGCCAUUGGAAUGCAGCGGAGUGUUUGUAUAUAGUGUUAGUUUUUAAAAGUAGAUGUGCUUUUGUAUUUAGUGUUGGUGUUUGAUUGAAGGGGUGCUUGUAUAUAUUUUAGUGGUUUAAUACAGAGGUGUGUUUGUAUGUAAUGUUUGUGUUUGAUUGCAGGGGUGUGUUUGCAUGUCGUGUUGGUGUUUGCCUGGAUGUACGCACAUACACUGCCACAUACAUACAUUCACCAAUACAUGCACAUUAACACACAGAUACAUAUAUAAACACACUGACACACACACAAAUUCAUAUACACACGGACACAUGCACACACCCUGACAAACAGAUACCCACUGACAUAUACACUCAGACGCAGAUGCACACCUUGACACACAGAUACAUCCAUACUGACACACACAUGCAUGCCCUGACACACAGAUACACACACACGCACCCCGAUGCACACUAACGUACAGAUGCACAACCUGACAAACACACACACAUUGACCUGCAUACUUACACAGAUAUACAUACACUAAAAACAAAGAGAUAUAAAUACAUGUACAUUGACACAUAAGCACUUGCACAAAGUUAUACACACUGACAUAUACACACCUUGAGACACAGACAGACACACUGUGACACAGAUACACACACAGUAAACAAAAAGUAGGGUCGCACUCAGUCACAAUAUACCAACGCAGGGUGCUACUGAGCAGGGGUUAGCAAACUCCAAGAAAUACGUAGUAAUGAAAAAGAUCUCAGGCACUCACUGUACUUGGUUCCAGGCAGAUUUAUUACAACGUUUUGACCUAUACAGGUCUUUAUCAAGCUUGAGUGCCUGAGAUCUUUUUCAUUACAGAUACACACACAGUCAGACACACACACCGUGACACAGGCACCCACAAUCUGACAUAAAUACGUAAAUCUCAAGCCUAAUAUUUGCAACCUCCCUCCUGUUAACAUACCUUUAGUUUUUCAGGAGGGUGGCUUGCUUGCUGCUGCUGGCUGAGAGAAGAGAGUGCUGCAGCUCCUGUCUCUCUACCUUCACGCUGCCUGUGUGCCUUCCUUUCCGCCACCUUCUCUCUCCCUCGUGCUGCUCUUUACGUAGCUGUAAGGAAGUGAUAGGCUCUCACUUCCUUCCAGUUGGCAGAUAUUACAGGGACCUGUUCAGCGAUAAGACAACAAGACGCAUCGGACAAGACAAGAAGACCUUAAGUCCCUGAGCUAGUGGGCCCCUGUUAGUUUCGCCACUUUGUCUUAAAUCAUCAGUAAAAUAUGGCUUGGUAAGGUAAAGGGACCAAAUUAAAAAAACCUAUAAAAGGCACUUUAAUUUCUUUUUUGAUAUGCAAUAAAAAUAAUGGAUGAAUUUAAUAAGCCGCUUAUUAAUUCCAAGUGUCUUCCCUAACACUGCAUGAAAAAGUAAGGUCGGAAAAAAACCUUUGUAAAUUAUGCUUUUGUCAUGGUUAUAAAUUACUAUAAUAACGCCACAAUCACUAUAAUACAUUAAAGCGACAUCUGUAUGGAGGUCACUCAAGGUAGGCGAUUGCGGGGAUUCUCCAGCAGCCAUGGGACCUCAUUUACAAGUUGUACACACAGCAGUCUUGGCGAUCUCGGCAUGUACAUGCUGUUACUGGACGGCCUCACUCCUGAGGCCUCUCCAGUAAUAACCUUGAUAGGCUGCCACAGUCCUAGCACCACUGUGACAGCUUGUCCUAGGGCAUGAUUGACAACUGAUCUCUGACUGCCACAGUGCAUCCUCGGAUCAACUGCCAUUUGGCUACUGCUGAACUACCUCAUAAUUUAGGCAACCUAAAGAGCCACACCACCACUAUAGUGUCAGAAAUAGAUGUUUGUAUUCCUGACAUUAUAGUGUUCCUUUAAGGACAAAACUGUGGGAGAAAAAAUCCCAAUUUUUAAACAGAUUUUUACUUUUUAUUUUUUCCCCCAAAAUAAUAUUGCAUUAAGUAUACAAAAUUAUAUAUAACAUGUACAAAGUGACAGAAAUCCAGAAAAUGGGAGUCACCAAAAUGAUUGGAAAAUAACUAAAGACACCAAAUUACUAAUGUUUAUUUACUGAAGGAUACUUCUUUAUUUGCUACUAAUAUUAUGUUUCCUUUGUUCUUCUUAUUAAAAGGCAACAAAGAAGGAGACACAGAAAUAUGCCACUGAGAAAGAUUACUUGAAACAAACGAUUAAAAAGCUCCGCCAGAGAGUAAGUAGCUUCUAUUUUUAUUCUAAGGAUAUUGGAUUCCAAUGCUCAGAAUACAUUAACCCCUUAAGGACACAUGACAUGUGUGACAUGUCAUGAUUCCCUUUUAUUCCAGAAGUUUGGUCAUUAAGGGGUUAAAGGAACACUUUAACUUUAAAUAAAUGUAUAGCGGUGAGAUUGCUCAGUGGGCUAAUGCAUCAUCAGUAGAAUCUGUUCAACCCUUGGGUCACAGGUUCGGGUUAUAGUAAGAAUCCCUGGAUGUUGGGCUAAGGUAACAUCCCCAGGACGUACUUGAAAACCAGAGUAAUCUGAAUGUACCUUUCCUGGUUAAAUACUUUGUUAACCCCUUAAGGACCGAGGACGGUUCAGGACCGUCAUCGGCAUUUUUGCCUUGAGGACCGAUGACGGUCCUGAACCAUCCUAACGGUCUGGGGGUACUUACCUGAUCGCCGUCGUUCCCCCGGCGGCGAUCAGUGUUCCUCCUGUUGUGGGGAGACUGCCUGCAGCCCAGACAGUCUCCCCACGGCAGAUUAGGACCCCUGUGGCCAUGUGAUCGCUUAACACAGCGAUCACAUGGUCACAGUAGGUGUCCAUGUGUCCGCCUGCAGGGGGACUGUCUGUGCUGACAGGCAGUCUCCCUGCAAGUGUAAAAUCAGAAAAAAAAAUAAAGUUAGUGUUAAUAAAAAAUAAAAAAAUAAUUAUAUAUGUGUAUAUAUGAUAUAUAGACAUAUAUUAUAUCUAUAUAAUAUAUGUCUAUAUAUCAUAUAUAUAUAAUGCCAUACUAAGUGUAUUUUUAUAUUAAUAUGUACUUAUAUUAAUUUAAAAAUACACUUAUAAUUAAAUUACACACGUAUAUAUAUAAUAUAUAUAAUAACUAUAUAUAUAUUGUAUAUAUAUAUUAUUAUAAAAUAUAAAUAAUAAGUAAUUUAAAUUAAAUAAAUUUUUUUUUAAAUAAUAAUAAAAAAUGUAAAAAAAAUUAUAGCUAUAUGAAAUUUUAUUCUAACUGUAUUUUAAAAUUAAUAUAUAUAUAUUUAUAUCAAAAUACACUUAGAAUGAAUUUGUAUAUAUAUCUAUGUAUAUAAAAAUAAAUAAAAAAUAAUAAGAAAUAUACAUACGUCCAUAUACAAAAUUACAUAAAUAAUUAUAUAAAUAUACACGUAGACUUCAAAUAUAUAAAUAUGCAUAUAUAUUUAAAUUCUACGUGCGUAUUUAUGUAAUAUUUUUACAUAAUUCAGUAAUUUUAUUGAUUGCAAUUUGAGGGACCUGCCUGCCAACCCAGGCCGAAAUUCCAGAGAAUUUAAUUUGCUAGCACUGUAUUUUACCCUGUAACGUUCUACGACACCCUAAAACCUGUACAUGGGGGGUACUGUUUUACUCGGGAGACUUCGCUGAACACAAAUAUUAGUGAUUCAAAACAGUAAAACAUAUCACAGCGAUGAUAUUGUCAGUGAAAGUUACUUUUUUUGCAUUUUUCACACACAAACAGCACUUUUACUGAUGAUAUAAUUGUUGUGAUACGUUUUCCAGUUUUUAAACACUAAUAUUUGUGUUCAGCGAUGUCUCCCCGAGUAAAACAGUACCCCCCAUGUACAGGUUUUAUAGCAUUUUUGAAAGUUACAAGGUCAAAUAUAUGGGUCAAAUAUUUUUACAUUGAAAAUGGCCAGGUUGGUUACGUUGCCUUUGAGAGCGUAUGGUAGCCCAGGAAUGAGAAUUACCCCCAUGAUGGCAUACCAUUUGCAAAAGAAGACAACCCAAGGUAUUGCAAAUGGGGUAUGUCCAGUCUUUUUUAGUAACCACUUGGUCACAAACACUGGCCAAAAUUAGCGUUCAAUUUAGUUUUUUUACUUUUUUCACACACAAACAAAUAUGAAUGCUUACUUUGGCCAGUGUUUUCGACUAAGUGGCUACUAAAAAAGACUGGACAUACCCCAUAUUGAAUACCCUGGGUUGUCUACUUUAAAAAAAAUAUGUACAUGUGGGGUGUUAUUCAGAGAUUUAUGACAGAUAAUAGUGUUACAAUGUCACUAUUGAUAAAUUUUAAAAAUGUAUGUUUUGAAACCGCAAUAUCCUACUUGUACCUAUAGCCCUAUAACAUGCAAAAAAGCACGUAAACACUGGGUAUUUUUAAACUCAGGACAAAAUUUUGAAUCUAUUUAGCAGUUUUUUUCAUUCGCUUUUGUAGAUGAGUAAAAUAUUUUUCAAGUAAAAGUCAAAAAACAUGUAUUUUUUUCAAUUUUUCAUCAGAUUUUUGUAUUUUUUUUAAAUUAAAAUACAUGAGAUUAUAUAAAUAAUGGUAUGUAAAGAAAGCCCCUUUUGUCCUGAAAAAAACAAUAUAUAAUUUGUAUGGGAACAGUAAAUGAGAAAGCGGAAAAUUACAGCCAAACACAAACACCACAAAAGUGUAAAAAUAUUCCUGGUCGCAAAUGUACAACAUCGCAAAAACAGUCCAGUCCUUAAGGGGUUAAUAUUAUUACAUUAUUAUUUACUUGGUGCUUGGAGUAGUUCUUCAUUAUUGUGAAAGAGUGGCCUCUACUGGAUGUUAAGAUUACUGCAGUUGAAGCGUUUUAAAACUCCCUAAUUUUUAAUAUCUUUCCUUUCUAUUUUUAAGUUUUGUUUAUUUAUUUUUCUGUAUAACCGUUCUUAUAAAUUGCUCUUAUCCAAAGUACUUACAUUUAGUUAAUCAUAAUUGAGUCUAGGCAUGGUUGUAGUCAGAGGGAUAUAUAAUUACACAUUCUGGCACAAAAGGAGUAAAGAUUGCAAGUAACCUCUGUACUAAGCCACAUUUACUCACCCUACUAUUAUAGUAGUUUGAAAAUAUCAGCAUCUGUCUGUCCUUAAAGGGUAACUAUUACUCUUUUUCCCUAUAUAUUUUUUUAACUUAUGUUGCCCUAUUCCACAUCUCCAUCUGAUGUCACCUUCUCGUGGUCCAAUCUAAUUCAUCUCAUUGAUAUGCAUUAAACUAGACUCUUUCACUGGCCCAUAUAGUAAUUCAUAUAUGAAUUAAUAUUUGCUCACUCAGUACAGGGCUGUCAUUGACCUUGCACCCCUACUACCCAGACGAUCCUUCGAGGGUUAUCAUUUGCCAGCUACACUCCUAACUGAUGAAGGAAUGUAUCAUGGCAGCAGCUCAAGCCCAGCACUAAAUAGACAAACUGAUCAGCUAUGGUUUGUUUAAUGAAAAGUGAAUACGUGACUUUCAAUGGCUGAGAGUUAUAUAUCGGAUUCAUUAAAACAUAGACAGGUAUAUUCACCAAAACAGGAACCUUGAAGAACAGACUUGCAAAUGUUAGUCUGAAAUAUCAGAACUGGAGACAUUUUCAUAUUUUUGCCUAAACUUUGCAUCCCUCUGUCAAUUUUUCAUGGUUUCUGAUUUUAUGAAUAAACACCAGAGAUAUCAAAAGUCUGGCAAGAAACCACUAACCACUCUCCGAGAGGAGAGUCAGAUGGUUUAAAAAACUUUAUAAUCAUAUGUUCUUGUGAACAAGCCAAAAGCAGAGUGAGUAAGUUGGGCUGCCCUUUAUUGCUAAAAAUAAUUUCAGAAAAUAGUUUUUGAACCCUCUUUGAAAUCACUAUUUUCUCUAUGAUGGAUGUUAAGUGACAAAUCUACAAACAUUUUACUGUUAACCUCCAAGAGCCUGAUAUACUAGGUUAAUGGUAAAUGUAUCCCCUCCUUGUUGGCAGAAGAUGUAGGUCAGUAAUCUGAUCCUAGUAAGUGUAUGUAGAUAUUUGCUCAUAUAACCGAUCUUGCUUAUUUUCUUCCUCUAGAUACAGGAAAUGAUGAGAGAAAAUGAUUCACUGUCUGACAUUGAGAAAUUGGACCAACAGGAAUUUAAUCUGGACACUGAGGAACAGGAGAGACUGCUGGCUGAGAGUGAGCAGGAAGUGGAGAGAGUAAGUCAUAGUGUAAUCUUAGUGUAUCGUAGUGUAAUCUUUGUCUGACGGAACAUUGGGAUUGUUGUAAAAGUCAGAAUGUGCUGUAAAGUGCUGAUGAAACAUUUUGUAUUUCUUUUCUCCCGAAAGGUGCGUAAAGAGAUCGAACUGGAAAACUUGUCCAAACAAUACUUGCGUCAUGUCAUCAAACAGGAAUGCUGGGACUCCAUGAUAGUUAAGGGGCGCUCUGUUGCGGUAAAUAUUCUUUCCAAAUUCUUAAUGCUUGUAAAUCUCUAAUUUUGGGAAAUAGUGGUGGAAUAUAUGUAGCUAUACACAACACUGAGGAAACCAAGAAAAAAAACACAUUAAAUAGUCACAUACAUUGAAUAGUCACAAUGAUAUAACAAACAAAAAAGUGGUCUUCUCAAUAUAUACAACAUAUUAUUAACAAAUCACAGUUCCAGAUUGUGCAAAAACCUCACAACUUUAAAAAAGCUGGCCAAAUAGUAAUCACUAUGAAAAGUAUGCACAUCUUAAGAUGUGGAUUGAUGGAUGGAUUGAUAAAUGGAUGAACAGAUUAGUUCGGUAGUGCUUACUGGUGACUGUGAAGCAUUUUGGAUUGUAAUUUUAAUGUAUGUUUUCUUCUUAAAGUCUUUUCAUGCAAAAUAUGAAGUCAACAACUACCCUGUGAAAGAGCAAUCCAGAAAGGACUUGGACAAACUAGGGCAAGUUUUAAGAGUGAAACAGAUUGCAGAACUGGAUCUUAAGGUAAAAUAACAUUUUAAAUAUUGUGUUAUUCCAGUUUAGAGAUGAAUGUGUCUUAAAUUGAAUUUUUGCCGCUUCGAGUUUCGAUUCACCAAUCUAAACUACCAGGAAGAAACAAGACUGGUUGUCUGAUAGACGGCCAGGGGAAUGUAGCAAGGGUAAAUUAUAAAAGUGCUAGUUUGUAUCGAAAUAUGCACAAUUUGUAAAAUGAAAAAUACAGGACACAUUCUUCAUACUUGAAGCAAGCUGAAGUGCUCUAGGAAUCUGGAGUGUUCCUGUCACUUUGGUGAGCACUUCCUGGAUAAUUAAGCAGCUUUGCAGAACUUAUAUGAGAUAUACUCUUUCUCACACUAUAAAGUAAGCUUGUCUAGCCGUGCUGCAGAGAGCAGCUUAGUGGUUCAAUGUCAUUUGUGCUUCAUUAAGGGUCAUGGUUUACAUAAGGUUUAUGAUAUGAAAGAAAAACACAUCACCAGGUUCUCUGUGCUCCAGAGGGCAAGUUAGAAUGAUAUACAUAGAACAGACAUGCAAACUAUGGACCCCGGAUGUUUUUGAACUACAGCUUACACGAUUCUCUGCUAGCAACUGGCAUUAUGGGAGCUGUAGUCCAGCCACAUGUGAGAAAUUGCAGUUUUAACACCCUGCACAGAUGAUGAGGUUACCUGUUCUCCAAAGUACAUGUCAUUGAAAGAUGUUUUGUUUGGCCCCUUCAUGUCUAAGACCUGAGAUGAGGGGAAGGAGUUCUCUAAUUGGGAUGAUUACAUUGAAUUGCAAAAAGUGCUUAUUGACAAGAAAAACUCCAAUGUGGCUGUAGUCACAGUUUAGUCUACAUUUUUCAAUCCAUUUCCAUUCACUACAAUGUAAUGUUUAGUAAUUAAGCCCUUUAUUUUAAAUGCCAUGUUUUCAAUACGUACUCUACACAUACCACCUUGCAUCUAUUAAUGUAAUCUCACUAGGGUUCCAUUAGGGAUGAUUUCCAAUAAGUUGUUUGGCCUUUUCAUGCCAUCUCCAAGGGUCUGGACAAGGUUUUCAAGCUGGGCUGCUGAGUAACUGAAGUCAUUUUAGUUUGAAUUCUCUGGGAUACUGAAUACAUUUAGAAUUUGCUAUUCACUCCAUUUCCCAUAACCACCAGCUGUCACAUUUUAAAAUGCCAAUGCUCUUAGUUUAGUGAACUAUCUCUGAUACAUUGGGGUUAUUCACUGUAAUGGGAAUUAUUGAAAAUUGGCAAAAGAAUAUCACACAUUUACGCCAAAAUAGUCGAUAAUGGAAUACAACUUUUCAUAUUCAUCUGUUUUGGAUGUUACAAUACAUUUAGUAAGAAAUGCUGUACCCUUCACAGAAUUCAAAAGAUGUAUUCUAUUUAAAUCCAUAUUUAUUAAAAAACAAAAAAAAGCAAGCUAGCAACUUACUCCUUUUUCUUUAUGGAUAAUGUCAAUUCUCUGCUCCACACAAUUCUUUUUUUGUUUUUCUAUUAAUUAAUUUGGAGCCGUACAAUCAGAUAGUGUAAAUGAAAUGCCAAGUGAACAGUUUUGGAAUAUAUAUAUAUAUAUGAGAUUGUCAGCACAAUAUAGAUAUAGAACUAGAUAGUAUAUAGACAGCUCAGGAUGCAUAAUGUAGUUAGAUAUAGCUAACGGAUAUGCACAUGGUGUAGAGGUAUCUUGGAAACUCAAUAUUAUGAAAAGGAUAUCAUUUUUAUUUACACUUAAUAAAGAUUUUGUAAUCGCCAACUCAGUGCAGUUAGCUGAUUAAAGUACUAUUUGAUGUUGGCAGUCAUUCAAAUAAUGAAGAGAUUGACCAUGUUUAUUUGUUUCAUGUCCUGAGAUGAUGGAUUUGGGUAGGUAUCAGUAAGUACCCUCUGCAUUCCUGCAACAUGUUACUGAUGAACAUGUAAUCUAAUCAGCUCAUUUACAGUAAGGAAUCUAACAACCCAGGGUGGACAUGGCACAAUGAAGACAGAGGCUUAUUAUCACACAUGUGUGAGAAUGAAGGGAAUUUAUCUGGAAGCUGGCAAAUGUUUGUAAUUUAGAGUCUAUUUGCAUGGAUCUGCAUCAGAGAAAUAUAAUUAUUGAGGAUAGCCAUUUUUCACUUUUGAAAUGUUAAUCAUUAAAUGUAUAUUAAAUAUAAAUGCCAUCCUUGUUAAUAUUUUAUUUACUUAGGGAGACUUUUUUUGCAGAUUGGUAUUUUUCAGGAUACGUUAAAUGAGUUAGAUUCAAUACAGUCCAUCCCAAAGAGUGCAUGUGUUGAAUCAGUGAAUAAUUGCUUAAUACUUUGUCAUAUUACAUUUGUUUCAUAACCGGGCCCAAUGAAGGUUUCUCCUAUGGGUAGAAUGGCUGCUCUCUAUGGGCAUUCAGAGUAUGUACCUGGGCUCAGGUGCAGGUGCUACACAACAUCACACUAUAUCAACUAAAGAAUUCUUGUAUGGAUUCCCCGCCAUUAGUGUAAGAAGUAGACCUCAUCCCUCCUGGGUUCACACAGGCACAUCAUCACAGAAGAUUGACACCGUGUAUUAGUUCUGCAUCAGUAUGACACAUUUUAUAAAUCGUGAUGUUUUAUUAUUUAUUUUUGUCUAAAUUUAGGCCAGAAAAGAGAUUGUUGAACUGGAGACAAAAGUUGGGACAGAGGAAGAUGAUGAUGCAGAAGACGAGGAUAGCAAGAACAAGGACACUACCUCUCUGACUGGCAGCCUGAGCGGUCAUUAUGGUGGAGAUACCUCUACCUUGUACAACCAGUUGCAUAUCAAUGACAGAGAAGAAAAGAUAAACCAGAUCAUAUUGAUCCAAGUAAGAUACAAGCCGUAUUACCAUUAAACAGCGUGUUUGUAGUCCAAAUCGCCCAUUUGCUUUUUACAAGGAUUUUAUAAAACAUUUUCCCAUCUGUAUAACGUAAAAAAAUUAAUAUUUUGAAUGUUGCAUUUUUAAUUUCCCUUCUUCAUUGUCCAGGCCCAUCUUAUGCUAUGCAUUUAGCAUUAAUUAUGGCGAGAUUUGUUUCUUGUUCUGGUUGUGUAAAUAUUUUGUUAGAGUUAAGUUUACUUAUGAAUAAUUUUACAUCCAAGAUCAUUUGAUCAUGUCCUGUUUCUAUUUAUCUAACUUUUCUUUCAGUUCUUUAUAUGUUUACUUUACCCCCUGGGCUGAGCUGCAGAGUACAUUGGCGCUUCAUAAAUAAACUUGCUAAAUAAUGAAAGCUAACAAAUGCCGCAGCAAAUGCCUAUUUUAUUUGCAACCUUUCCUUUCUAAGCAAAGCAUAUUAUUGUCGCACUAAUAAAACAAAAUCUAGAACAUGGAUGUUGGACAGUGACCGAACUCAUAUUGGACUUAAUUUCCCUAAAUGUUAGGCCAAUAAAUGACUGGUAAAUAAUUCUGGGGAACGUAGUUCAACAACUAUAGGGCCAUAUUUGUACACCUAUACUUUACAGGGACAUAUAAAUGAACAUUUACUGUGUUUACACAGGACAUCAUCUACAAAGUGAAACAAAGCUUCAACAAGGAAUUUGAUUUGGUGUGCAAACAAAAAGAGCAAGAGGUUUCUCGUGUCAAGGAGAGAAACGAGAGAAUCAUGGAGAUUAUGGCACAACUAAAUGUUCAAGAAAAAAUUCUAGAACCAAAAUUCACAGAUUAUGAGAAACCAGAGCGAGCUCUGACUGUGGAGGAUUCAGAGGUAUUUUGUGUAUUGCCAUAUGUUGAUCUGUUUAUUUCCGUUAGUUGCCAUUCAUUUUAUAUAGUAUACAUUUUAGCAUCCAUCCCAAUUUUGGACAGUAUAUGUUCAGGACUGGAGUGGGUGGACCGUGAGGGCUUAUCAGUGAUGUAAGUUGCACCACUGGCAAUGCCUGAAACUUCUGCCUACAGAAGUGUAGUGCCAGCAUGGCAUGAAUGCACACAAUGCUGACUUAGGGCAGACCAUGCAGAAAGCCCUGCUGAAGUAUUCUCUGUGUGGUCCUAAUGCCUUCCGCACAGUGCGAGUGCAUCUACAUUUGCUGGGGACAGUCCCCUGCAUGACAUCAAAGAUCAAAAUUGGGAUGGAGGGACAACAUCAAGAAAUCAGUGAGGUCCAGCCUAAAUUUGGAAAAUUGAGAGGACUGAUUUAAGUACAAAAAUGAACCUGCCACUGCAUAUUCUUUAGAUCAAGGUGAUCCAAAGACAGAUGGCCACCUGUUAGAAAACGACAUUUCCUCGAUGGGUUUGCCAGCAUUAAGGUUGCAAAAGCAGCAUAGAUGGGGUAGUUUAACAUCUAUUAUGGCACCCGUAUUGAUUGCACAUCUUCAGUGCCUUUUCCUUUGUACAAGUCUGUCUACACUUGCAGUGCUACCAUUCAUUUGGAUGUUAUACAAUCCUAGAGAAAAGCUUUAAGAGGUCAAGGUGGCUGAUUGAAGCCAGGCCAUACACAUAAUAUUCAGGGAUAUCCACUAAACUGUGAAUUGUUAAGUGUUCAAAGUAAAAUUUGAAUUUUUGGUCACAAUAUCCAAACUGAAAACAUAGCUAUCUUGGCGAAUUCAUCUACUGAGGCUUAAAAGUUAAACUUUACUUUGAAUUCCAGACGAUUCCCACUUAAGGUUAUGUAAUGCUCUUUGACAGACAACUUUUUAAAGUCGUGAGUCAGUGAGUAACUUUAGCAGAAAUUUGGGUUGGGAUCACUUUAAUAAUUAAUUAUGUUGCACGAUACUGGUUGAAAAUCCGAAAUCAUUAUUGAAUGGUUCAUUUAGGCUAUUAUAACCAGAGUUUAUUGACUCGUUUCCUGUAUAUUAUAUUCCGUUACAGGUAAAAGUAGAAAAAUAUCUAACACCGGAGCAGAAAUUGUUGGCAGAACAAGUGGCUAAACAAGAAGAAGAGAAGCGGCUUGCUGCACAAGUAAGUGUAUAUGUAUAGACUACACAAGUGUAUAUGUAUAGACUACACAAGUAAGCGUAUAUUGAUUUGGUGCACAAGUAAGUGUAUAUGUAUAGACUACACAAGUAAGUGUAUAUUGAUUUGCUGCACAAGUUUGCUGUAUAAGUAUCUGUCUCUCACCUGAGGUACAGGUAGGCAUGCAUUUUUAAGCUGUUCAUAGGACUUGUUGUGAUUGCAAAAUGUCAGCAACAAAAUUUUGUUAUUAGUAAUUGCCUGUAGAUAUUUGUGACCACAAAAAUACUGGCAAGUUUCCAAGGUUCACUUUUUGCCUUUAAAGGGACAAUAUAGUCACCAGAACCACUACAGCUUAAUGUAGUGGUUCUGGUGUCUAUAGUAUGUCCCUGCAGUGUUAGCACUGUGAGCACUGCCUCUUAGAGAAAAGGCAGCGUUUACAUUGCUGACUAGGAAUACCUCUAGUGGCCAUCACUCAGACAGCCACUCGAGGUACUUCCAAGUAAGUGCUGUGCAGUGUGGAGCACCUGCACGCUCUGCAUGGAGACGCUGAAUGCUUCCCAUAGAGAUAUAUUGAUUCAAUACAUCUCUAUGAGGAAAUGCUAAUUGAAGCAGUGUAGCGGUUUGCCACACAUGUGCAAUAGCCUCCCAUUGCUUUCAUAUUGGUCAAAUUCAUCAUGUCAGCCAUGGAGGCGGAGCCAGGCUGGGGGAAAGCAGCAAUAUCAGCAUCUCCACAGAGAUGGUUACCUAAACAGCCACUUCAGCACUAUAGUGUCAUACAUGUUUGUAUUCUAGACACUAUAGAGUUCCUCUAACAUCUGCUCAUGCUAAUAUCUGCGUUAACUGAUAUCAUUCAUCAUUCUGCAUUUACCGUUUUGAAAAUUGGGAGUAUGUGGCACUUUCCAAUUAAUUGCCACUAAUUGCAACUACGCCAGCAUACAGUAAAAGUUUGAACUAACCCUAUCAGUGCUGAACUUAUUAGCUGGAAAAGUAAACAGGGUUAUUUAUUAUAAUGAGAAUUGUCAAGAAUUCAAAGUUAAUUUCAAAAUGAAAGUCAAAAUAGCAGAACUAAAAAAAAUUCUCCCAGUCAGCUAUGCAUCCAUUUCAGCUAUUCUGGCUUCGAAUUUUAAAUUCACUUUGAAUUCCGACCAUUCUCACUUUACUGAAAUGCUGUUAGUCACUAACAUGGAAAUAAGUUAGUAAGCAGCGAUGGGAGAUGUUAAAACCCAUGCCAGCUGAGAAUGACCAGUUGGUAAUGGUAGAAAUUUGCCGUAUGGGAACAGGCAUUAUUUGCUAACAUCGGCAGCAGCCAUUUUAGUUAGUAGCAAUUUGUCUCUAAAACAUAUCAACAACCUUCGAAAAAAAGACAUUAAUGUAUUUACCCAUUGCACAAAAGGGUAUUUACUCAUUGGUCAAAUAAAUGUUUGUUAUCUUUCCAAAUAUUUGUAUUUACACUGAAAACUAUGUGUGUGUUACUUGUGGCAACCAUAUGUCUUUCUUUAUCUAUUGCACAAGUAAGUGUGCAUUUACCUGUAGUACCUAUAUGUAUUACUGGCUGCAAGUACCCGUGUGUUUGCCAGCUGUACACGUUAAAUUCACUAAUUGCCUACAUAAAUCUGUGUUUAGAAAUACAUUUAAUGUAAUAAUUAAAUUAAUAUUUAAACAUGUGACAAUGCAGACUUUAUUGUAUAGUCAGCGCAACACUGUUUUGUAAUUAAGCCCAAAUUUGGGGGGAAAAAAGUUUCUUAAAAAGGCAAGUAAUGAGCCAGUGGACAGUCUUUUACAUCACGGAAAGUAAAGAUAAUCACUAAUAGUAGGAUUUAAUCUAUACAUUUGGCUAUAAUACUUCACAGGUUGUGCAUUGUUUACUGACAUAAUUUAAGCAUGAAAAUACUGUUGGAAUAGAUUAUUGGAUUUGUUCUGUUCAAUGUGAUAACAGACAUUGUUUUAACAUCCCUAUAGGGUGAUAAUGCUAAGCAGCGUGCUCUUAAUGAUAUGAUGGGAGGUGUGCUGGAAGUGAAAAAGGAAGACAUUUUAAGAAUGGUGAGAUCAUUUACACAUGCAACAUCUAAUUUGAAUAAUAAUCAGGAUUUUUAGAUCGUUUCAAAUUUUUUUCUUUAUAGUCAAAUUUUAUUGUUAAUAUAUAGAUUUUUACAUUGCAAUCAAUGAGCUCCCCUAAAGCUAAGGGGAAGUUCUUCUUUUGUAGAGAUCAAUGGGAGCACCGAGCUUGUGUGAAACACAGCCACAAUAUCUUCCAUUAAUGUAAAUGGAAUACGGUUGGACAACAAUUAUUUCCUAUUGAUUUCUUAGGAGAAUUAUCAGGCAAGCACAGAAAAGUAGAUCUGUUCGAACACUAUGAAUAUAAUCAAAGUACUGACAGACAAUCCUUGAGCUCAAUUCGAAACCAGUAGAAAAUUCUUCUUCUUUUAUAGAAAUCAAUAAGACCUGGUUAUAUGGUACAUUAGUGGUCCCUUGCUGGCUGGAUGCUACUCCAGCAAAAACGACUUAGCAACUCAGAGCUAUUCCUGAUUACCAACAGGAUCCAGAUACAGUACUGAAAUAGUUACUUAGGCUAUAGCAGAAAAUUGAAGUUGCUAUGUAUAAUGGCAGAUCAGUAGUUUAUUUGUACACCCCUACGAGUACUGGUGAUGAGAUUCAAAGAAACUCAAAUAUGCUGUAAUGGAUGCAUUGAAACUGGUCAUCCACGGGGUAAAAUGGGAAGCCCCUUCUCCACUGCAGCUAAACAAUUAGAAAUCCAGUGGGUGUACCAUCCAACAAAAAAAAGGCAUUUGGAAAGAAAAAGAAACACUUUGCAGACUGUGGCAAGAGAGUGCAAAUAGCAGAAAAAAAAUUAAUAUUCAAUAAAAAUACAUGGAACACAAAAAUAGAACACAACACCCCUAACACUGUCAACAACCUCAACACAAGCAACUAAAACCACCUUCCUAGACCACUGAACAGAGUUACAGCGUAGACCAGAGCAAAGCCAUAGCACAGAAGGCAGAUCAACACUCGACAGCCAAGAGAGAGCCUACCACACUAGCAGGGAGAAUGAAGUUGACAUAGAACCCGACAGUAACACAAAGAACAUGUAUAAACACAGGACAAACUAACUCACAUAGGACACUUGGCAUACACCUCUCACGAGACUAGACACACAGACGAAGAACUCGUCAGGGCCCACAUUACCACUCUCAAAAGCACCUAAACAUAGAAAUGCAACUGAUGAAAGCUCAACUUAUAGCUUAAGGAAAGUUCACAAAAAACAUUAAGGUUUAAUAAUAAUAAAAAAUAAAAAAAAGAGAAUGUAAAACAAAGCAAAAAUUACUGGGAAGUACCACUUGGUAAAGGAAUUACCUAACGCCACAAGCUACGCAUAAACAUACCAAGGCCUCAUACUACUCCGCAACCUAGGAAACAAACUAAGCUACAGCUUAAAGUUAAGCAUUAACUAUAUAAAAGGACUCUUGUUACACCCUAUAACAAAUGCAUCAAUGUGGAGGCCUGCACACCCAAAAAUUUAUUUAUGUUUAUUUUUCACCAAGUUUGAAAACAAUAAAACGUGAUUUACAAAAAUAGAACACAAACCCUAAUUUACAAAAACAAGGGAGCUUUUUAUGCCUAGCGUCGCUCUUAUCCAUAAACCAAUUUUUCUACUAUUUGCAAUCUCUUGCCAUAUUCUAUGGAGUGGGUUUAUUGGGGGGGAGGGGUUGUGUGGUAUACCAACUGGAUUACUAUUUGCUUAGCUACAGACUUAUUUUCCCAGUAUUCUAAUUGAAAGUUCCAAUUUUUCUUGGUUUCUUAAUCUUUAAACAUAACCCUAUUGCAUUCCCAUAGGUGUCCAUUCUUCUUUUUGUAUUGCCCAUAUCAUUAUUUGCACCAUCAUCUAGAAGCCUUUUUAAUUAACCUUUAGAAGGUAUCUGAUUAUUUGCAUGCAACUAUUUUCAGGAUAUCCCGCAGCCAGCAUUUCUAUCCAAGUCUGAAGAAGAAUGGAAUGAAGAUGAAAAAAAACAGUUCAAGGAAUAUGAUAAAAAAUGUAAGGAGCUUAAUGAGGAAAAAGAGAAGUAUAGGAAGGUGAGUGUCAGCAUAUGGUGUGAGAAUUUUAAAAAGGGAAAUAUUUUACAAAGGGGUUUUUUUACUGACCUGGAAAAUAUGGAGAAUUGACAAAAAAAAAUUAAUUAUUUUUUUUCAAUCUUGGACCUCAAAUUUUAAAUCAUUGAAUAUGUCCCAAGUGCUCCUGUGGACAUGGGAACACUAGAGAAUUCAUUGCUUAUUUUAAGCCAAAAUGUUGCUUAUUUUAAGCCAACAUAUCCAAGAUGAGUUGGAAAAAAUAGUCAAAUAUUUUCCUAUUUAGUGAAUAAACCAUUUAUAUUUCAUUUCGCUAAAAAACAACAACAACACAGCUUAUCUUCCAAUUUCAGAGUGGCAGAGUGAAUGCUAUUGCAUGUUUACAGAACACCUUGUCAUUAACUUAUUUUUCAUGAUAAGAUAACAAAUAUUUGCUUUUUGUUUUAUAUACCUUCUGAGUGAUUUAAAGGGACAUUCUAGUCACCAGAACAACUACAGCCUAUUGUAUUUGUUCUGAUAAGUAUAAUCAGUCAGUUCAGGCUUAUUGCAGUAAACAAUAGAUAAAAACACAAGUGUGUAAGGCACUUCAAGAGGUGAAUAGGUUUAAACACUGUUUUCAGAGAAAAUGCAGUGUUUACAUUACAGCCUAGGGAUACCUCCAGUGACCACUCCUCAGAUGGCUGCUUGAGGUGCUUCCUGGGGCAGUGCUGCACAGUGUGCAGCACUGACAUUCAGUGGUUCCACCCUCUGCAUGGAGACACAUAAAUUUCCUCAUAGAGAUGCAUUGAUUCAGUGAGGAAAUGCUGAUUGACCAGGGCAGUGUUUGGCUUGUGCUGGCUCUGCCCCUGAUCUGCCUCCUUGACAAGCUCAGUCUAUCCAAUUCUUUCCUAUGGGAAAGCAUUGUGAUUGGCUGAGAUAACCAUUUCUGAUUAGUCAGCCCAAGAGGCAGAUCAGGGGUAGAGCCAGCAGCCGCAGAACAGAAUAAAAAUAAGAUUUUACUAUAUUCAGGGAGGUCAGGGGGGCUAGAUCGUUUUUAACACUACAGGGUCAGAAAUGCAUGUUUACGUUCCUGACCAUAUAGUGGUUUCCUUUAAUUAGUAAAUACCAAAUGAAUAAAUGAAGUGAUAAAAAAAUCUAAAUAUAAAUUGAUAGAAAGAUUUGAACUGAUUUAUGAACAUUUUCCAACACUGCUAUAGUCUCAGCGUGGUCAUUUUUUCCAACAUUUUGUGAUUUGAUUUUCAGUUCACUACAAAUCACUGCUUAGUGCUUAAAUUGAGUGUUUCUUCUCUCCCUGUGACAAAGCAACAUCCACUAAACGUUCUUUUUAAUUUACUAUUAUAAAGUUAUUAGAGGCAGAAAUGAAAAAGAUUCAGUUGUCCAUAAUGGAAAGCACACAAGGAUUUGAUGACACGCUGAGUAAGCUGUUCCAAAAGAAGGUGAAAACAGAAAUGGUCCUCUACCAGGUAAGUAGCAAACUUACCAUCUGUAGGUCACAUUUGCCCAUAUAUACUAUAUUCUGUAUAUGACUAUACUGGAUGUAAAAUAAUAGAGUGUUUUGGAAUGCUGUAAAGCUGUUUUAUUGGGCUAACAGAAUUUUUUAAUGUCAAGGUUUCAGGAGAUGCUGCUUUACUGAAGUUUAAAGCAGUGCUCUAGCAGAACUCCAAUAUUUUGCAGUCACAGUAAAUGCCUUUUUUAUUUAAGAUCCUCCAAUGGCAGGUGCACAUGUAUAUCCGCACAGAUUUUGCAAAGUUUAAGUCUUAGUAUCAGGCUUUCUCCUACCAACAAUAUAUAUACAAAAAAUGAAAAAUGAAGGAGAGACCACCUCGUAACAGGACGUGCCCCUCUCCUUCAAACCACCCCAAGAAACAUAUGUCUAUAGAAAAUAAAUAAAUUUUAUUGAAAAAAUAGUAUAAAAAGCCAAAUAUCCUGAGGACUCCCAGAAAAGUCUGAUCUAUUAGCUGCAAGGUAUGUCAAUCACUAGAAGAUGUAAUAAUUGUAAACUUAGACAGAGUUGUUACCAAAGGUACCUACCAACCUUCAAGAACAUCUCGUUUCUCUAUCUCGUAUCUUUCAGCUUCCAUCUUACAUUUUUUCCCUUUUUCUGUAGCAAUAAACUUUUUUUUCUCUGAUUUCCACAUCAUCUUCUCACAUCUACUUAUUCUCCAAAAGCUGUUUUUUUCAAUCCUUAACUGUGACAGUCAUGUUAGGUAAAAAAACUAAUAAGUCAGCAGAGGUAUCCUAGCCUAUGACAAAACCUGUUUUUUGUCCAUUCUGCAUUUGAUCACAGUCAUUAGAUAUACUUAGUGGUGCACCCUACAGUUCCUAAAUUCAACUAUUCUAUGAUACCCACAAUGUACACGUAUAACUUUCCUACCCCUUUCAAAGAUUAAUAAUCCGUGAUGGGUCAUUUAGUAUACAAUGUUUCAUUGAUGUUUUAGAGCAGAACAAUGCAAGUUGACCCUUUAAUUUUAUAGGGCAUCUUUGCUCCUUCUUUUUUACCUUGUUCAUUGUGACCACUUAAAAAUAUUUGAUCAGCUUUUGUAACCGGUGUUUUGCUAGGAGGAGCUGAAAAUCAGAAAUCUAAUAUUCUUGCUUCUGAAUGAAGAGGAAAUAACCACAAGGAUAACUCAGCUGAAUAACAUUCUGCAAAGAAAGCGCAAACAGAAGGUGGGAGCAGAUUAGUUCAUGAUAUUCUUUGUAGAGUUUACAGCGUUACAUAGGCUGAAAAUAGACAUGUGUCCAUCAAGUUCAAUCUUCCUCACAUUUGUUUUUUGCUGUUGAUCCAAAAGAAGGCCAAAAAAAAAAAACGGUUGAAGCACCUCCAAUUUUGCAACAAACUAGGGAAAAAAUUCCCUCUUGACCAUAGAAUGGCAGUCGGAUUUAUCCUUGGAUCAAGAAGCUAUUACCCUACAAUUGAAAAAUUAUAUAAUUGAAUAUUCUGUUUUUGCAAGUAUGCAUCUAGUUGCUGUUUAAACAUCUGUACGGACUCUGAUAAAACCAGAGAAGGCAGAGAAUUCCAUAUCCUUAUUGUUCUUACGGUAAAAAUACUUUUCUUUGUCUUAUCUCUGGAGUUUAGAGUUAUCUAUGGAUUCCAUGGGACAAAUUUAAAAGGAGCAAUUCUGAGCCAAAGUUCUCAAUGUGAAGCAGUUACCAUGGAGACCAAUUGAAUAAAACUGUUGAAUGCUUCUCUUUUAGAACUGUCCCAGAAUUGCUCAUCCAGUUUCACUUCACAACUCUGCACCGAAAGGCUGUGAGCACUAGGCACAGGUUGAUUCAACUAUCUCUGCAGUCUUUUCGGAAUGGCCAAAUCAUAUUCCAUUUAAUGAAAUCAGAUUCAUAUCAUGUUGCCUAUUGAGCCUUUGAGAAAUAAAAUGAAUCAAGAGCUUUGUGUUGGUUGCAGAUUCAAACAUCUGAAGCAGUGAAGACAUUUAAAACUGAAGUGGAUGUCUUCAGGGAAAGCUAUGACAAUCUUGUAGUGGAAGAUAAGGUAAAAGCACAACAUAAGUUUGUUAAGUGUACCUCGGCUCACACGCAUGUUCAUUGUGGUGUUUUGGUUUCAGUUUCUGGAUCGAGGAUUUAGGAAGGAUUUUCAAGACAUUUCUGCACAACUAGUUGAACAUCUUUAUAAACUUUUUAAACGAAGACCAAGGUAUUUAUGUAUUAGAAAUUUUAUUAAAGGGACAUGCUAGACUUCAGAUGAUGAAAUUCUUUUCUCGGUGCAUUAUGGAAAUAUGCAGUACAAGAAAUGCAUUAUUUUAACCUGCCUCAUUUUCCAAACGUACCCAGUAUUUGUUGUUUUCACGGUGUUGUCUACAGCGACCAGGAAUGUCUUAGACCUAUCAGCCAGUCAUUUUCCUCCCACUGAUUUUAGUGGUAGUAUAAUAUGAAUUACUGCUGUGCAUCAAAAUUGUAUGGGAAAGUACAGCAAAACUUUGAUAAGUAUGUAAUAAAUGUCAUAUUGUAUUGUUGGGCACGCAAGGGGAGCUAGGGGAGUUUUUUCCUUCCUCUCAUCUCAAUUUGAGAUCAGUCCUCAAAUAACAGAAAUUGCACAUCAUUGUGCAGCACCAGAAGAUAGAGACACUGGUCUGCAUGGUCCCACUGAUUAGACUCCAUCUCUUCUCCCCCUGUCAGGGUGUUGCAAAGUAGAGAGAUCUUCCAACUGCAAAUGUAAUAAUCUGUCAGACAUGCCCAGUGCACUUUUUCAGCAUUCCUAGGGAUAGGGCACUGAUUGGUUAAAUCAGUGUCCCCCAGGAGUGGGUGUGGAAAGCAUAAAAAAGAAGCAGGUAAAUAUGAAAAAAACAGAUUCACCUGAUUUUAUCAGCUUGCAGAGUGAGGCAACUGCCUCAUUCGAAGCUAAAGCUCUUGAAUGAGACAGUUGUCUCAAAGUGAUGCAUAUCCCUUUAUGUUAUAAUACUGUACAAAUAUUUACAUCUUUCAUCAUUUUGAUUGAAAAAAUAUGUGUGUAAAUAUGUAUUUGAAAAUGUCUUAGAUGAUCCAUCUCAUGCCAGAUAAUUACUUACUAUUGAAAGUGGAAUGUCAACAUGAUUACUUUACAUGGCAAGAUAAAACAAAUAAUUUUAAUAAGAAAAAGCAAAGAGUUCAUUAUGUAUAUAUUUCUGAUAUGUGAGAGUAGAUGCAUGGUUUACACCUUCUGCCUCCCUUUUAGAGUUCAACGCCUGAGGACACAGACAGACAGUGCAGCACCUUUUAGUGAUCGUCCAGGAUCAGCCAUGGCAUACAGUGAGUCCUUAGCUCAGCUAAUGCAGGCAAUGGAUGAGUUUGAUGCCCCAGAAAAUAUGCCAGAAGGACUAGAAUUGCCAGUGUGGGAAAGUUUCUGCAAGACAAGGCGAUCCAAAAUGGAGUAUGAGCAGCAAGUACGUAUCACAUUUCAAAGCCCUUAUAAAUCAAUAUAUUUAAUAAGCAGUUCGGAAGAUGUUAGAAGUAGACUUGCUAAAAAGUUAAUUUCAGAGAGUUCGACCAAAUCAAAUUCAUUUUAAAUCUACGCCUGGACUAUAGAUCGCCUGGGUGUGAUUUUAGAAGGCAUUUAAUGUGGACAAAAAUUUGCACAUGUAUAUUUAGAAAUAAUAUUAUCAAUACCCGUUUUCGGUAAAUCCCUGAAAGUUAUUGCUCUUCAGUGGGUUACUCACAAAUUCUAACUUAAUUUUCUGUGAAUGUUUUGAACUUAUUCCAUCCUGUAAUAUUUAUUAACGAACACCUUUUUUGCACUCGUCGUCAUUCCAGCAGCUUUUUUAAAAGAUGCCAGAAUUUCAAGUAUCUCUAACCUUUUAAAAACCCUUCCCUACCAAACCCCACGUGAAGCAGAAUAAUAGCAAACGUAAACAAACUCACCUUCCUGUAUAUUUCUCAUCAUACCAACAAACUAGAUAAUUUUUCAUGAAAACCUUUGUCUUUGUGUGUAUCUGUAGAGAGCUGCGCAUUAUCUCAACCCCUUCUACUCUAGGUGCAGUACAGGAUAGUGUUCAGUAGUGCAAAAUUAAAUAGAUCUGUAUAAGAGGAAUAUAUGCUCUUUUUUUAGAAAGGAAAAAAAAAAAGGUAAAUAGAAUGUGUUACUUGUUCAAUGUAGCAUACCAAUAGUGUACCCCCACUAUGUUCCCUUCAUCAGUAGAGAACCAUCUGCCCUUUUUUCAGUGUAGAAUGGAAUGCAGGGCUCGAGGUUUGUUAAACCAAUGCCUGGAAUUUAUUUGUAGACUUCCAAAUAUCACUUCUAAACGCAUCUGAGAAAAUUACACCCAGUAUGCGACUCAAGUUUUAUUGCAUGCUCUUUUUUUAGGUGAAGCGCAAAGCUGCUGUUUUAGCUGAAAUGCAAGCUUUCCUACAGAGGAGGAUUGAAGAAGAUGAAAAGAUGCAGCGGGAUAUUGAAAAUAUCAUGCAGGAAAUAAGCUUGUAAUUAUAUCAAAAAUGAUUUGGAAAAAACAGUGUUGACCCUUUCCAUAAUAACCCAAUUUUAAGACCAUAAUAUUUGCCUGAAGUAGAUAACACCCCAGUUGGUAAUUUUAUAAAUCUGCGGAACUGACCAGAGGUGCACUAGGAGAUCUGUUAAGUAUAUCUUUACUGCAGUGCCCAUUCUUUCCCAGGGCUUCUCCAGGCUUAUUUGGACCUAGACUAAAUGGCCCAGACGUUGGUUAAGCAAUAGGAUGGAAAUAAGGCAAGAUGGAGCUGGUAGGCAAGCAGACAGGGCAGGCCCAAAAUACUUUUUUUGCCUAUGUCUAAGGAUAAAAUGGAUGGUGCCCUGGUUAUUAGAACCCUCCAGUCUUUAGGCACAGGGAAUACACACAACUGUAUCCAACCCAUAGUUGGAUGUGUCAGCCUGGAGACAGGAAAAUCAUAGUUCAAGAAUGCUACACCUGGACAUGCAUAAGCUGCUGAAGACUUUGAUAGUAAUUGUCAACUAACCUAAAUUUACUGUUUAGUGAAUAAACCACUUAAAUGUCUUCUUUCAAAAUACUAACUGUGGAGGACGGCACGCCGACUGGGUACCUCCGCCAAUCACGCUUCCUAGUGCUCUCCGAGUACCAUAAGUACCGUACCGGACACCAUAACCACUGUAGCCCCCUUAGUCGCCGCAGCUUGGCUGGGGUCUUGCCAUCCCUUCCCACCCUGUACCAAACACCUGGAUCCAGGUCCCAGUGGGAAGACCUCUCCUCCAAGAGAGUAUAAUAAUCCAAAGCGCAGUAUAGCAAUUCCCCCCCACACAUGAGCCAAGGCUUAAUGCUGGGAAGUAGUCUGUUUAAUGGAAGCACAGUCACAGAAUUUAUACAAGUUAUAAACUCCUCCUCUGUGCCUGAGAGAUAAUUGAGUCAGGAACUGUACUAACUCAAUUAUCUCCGGUACAGAAAAACACAAAUUUUUCAGACACCCCAAAAGUACCCCCAAAACACAUGAAAACCCCACAAAGUUACAUCCCCUGAUAGCCCCGAUCUGGGUGACCAACAUAUUAAAAAACCACCCAGAUCGGUUCAGGGGUUCGGGAUUUCUAGGGAAGUAAUAAUUUGACCGACCGUGCACAUGGCCCUAUGCCCAAAACAGUUCCAUGAAUUCAGUGCUAAUGGUCGGUCAAGUUCGGUAGUUUAAAAAUGAACAAACUACCGAAUAUAGUCAAUAGUCCUACCAUGGACCUUGUUCCCCUCAUCCAGAUGAACAAUUCCACCGAACAGUGCCCUUCUAGGUACAAUCUGAACACAGGCGAUGAUGGAAGUCCAGUGGUGUUCGAAGGUUUCCGUGUCCAAUUUGAGUUCCGUGAACACCACUGCCUGCGUUCAUGUGAAGAAGAUGGCCGCCACCUCGUGGUCGUUCAUAAGAAUUGCGGCCACCCAGACGAACUAGUAGAACACUGCGGUUAGAAUCGUUAGGAUGAUGAUAGGGCUUAACAAGCUCCCGGGUGGUCCAUGGUUCGUGCGCCUGUUCGGUUCCCGAACAGCAUAAGAAAAUGGCACAAACUAAGUCUUUUAACAGGCUUAUUGCAGGGCCCAUAGCAUUUGGGCAGGAGGCUAGCCAGCAGGCCCAUCCAGGAACACGUGGCAGAGGCAUUUCUGCCACGCUAACCAAUUUCAAUACUUCCCAGAAAUUGUCCAGACUUCCUGCUUAUGAACUGUAGUUCUUUUUAUUCUCACUCAGUCAGAUGCUGCCUGAACACAUUUGCAUGUAAAUUGUUGCUGUAGAAAGGGUGCGCUCUUAUUGUUCCCAUUAAAUAGAACAGUUUAAUGAUGCCAUGUUUAUAUAAAGUGUCAAUAAAUCACUGCUUAGCAUGAUGCCAAUUAAAACGACAUGGGUAAAGGAACCAUAGGAGUGGGCGAGGGUUAAGUUAGGGGUACAUUUAUUAGGAGUCAGUUAGGUUUAAAUAGAACUAGUGGAUAGGAGGUUCCUGCCUUGAAAAUAACAUGGACAUUAUCCCCCAUGAUUCCAAGCAGUUUGAAGCUGAGAAUUAGAUCAUUUCUAUCUAAACCAGGGCUGCCCAACAGAUAGAUCCCCAGAUGUUGUAAAACUUCAACUCCCAUGAUGCUUUGCAUGCAUUUAGAAUGACAAAGCAUCAUGGGAGUUGUAGUUCAACAACAUCUGGGGAUCUACCUAUUUGGCAGGCCUGUUCUAAACCAACCUGCAAUGGUACUGGUAUAACAGGAUUUAAUAAUUAAACUGUUGCUAAUCUUCCUUCUUUCAGGCUACGAAAUGAGAAAAUGAAAUUUCAGCUAAGUCUGGUUGUCCAGUUCCUUCUCAAACAGGGACAGGUGGAAAUUGAAAUCCCAGACUUGAUUCCUAAUUAUCAGGAUGCCUUGCUCCUUCACAGGAGUGCGAUUGAAGAGUUAAAUGGCAGAAUACAGGUAAAUUAGAGACCUUUCCAAUAUGAACCAAACAGGCAGGAAUUUAUUACAUGAUGGCAUGCAGCAGGCUAAUAGUUAUCUCAAGUUAUCUCAUGCAUUCAUUCAAGUUAAUAAUGUAUCCAAACAUGACUCAUGGCAGAAGCUGCUUUAUUCUCUUUUGCACUAUUACUAUUAUGACAUCGCAAUGAACCAUUUUUGGCAUACUUACACCAAGUAGUAUCAUAGCUGAAUCAUGGAACGUUGUGCAUUACUUUUCCAUAUUGUUUCCCUUUUCAUUUCCUUAGAAUGUUGGAGAACAGAAAAUUGCAAGCAUGGUAGAAUGCAAAGAUUUCCGAAAAGGAAUUUUUCAGCUUGAAUGGGAAAAUAAAAAAAUACAAAUGGAGAUGGAAGAUCUGAAACAGAAAUCCAGGGAUAUUACAAUGCUCCGCGUUACAAAAGAACUCCAAUUUGUAAGACUUACAUUUGCUAUCAUUCAUUUAAAACAUCUGAUGCACAUAUCCUCCUUAUUUCAACAAUAACGAUUGUUAUUCCCAGGCCCAUAAAUUCACUUCACUCAAGACAGCCAUUAACCCAAGAUGGUUUUGCUUCUUGUAGGUCCAGCUAAUAUCACCUUAAAAGGACACUCAGGACACUAACACAACUUGAAUGCAGUUGAUAGCUUUUUGCAUCAUUAAAGGACCACUCUAGGCACCCAGACCACUUCAGCUUAAUGAAGUGGUCUGGGUGCCAGGUCCAGCUAGGGUUAACCCAUUUUUUCAUAAACAUAGCAGUUUCAGAGAAACUGCUAUGUUUAUGAAUGGGUUAAGCCUUCCCCUAUUUCCUCUAGUAGCUGUCUCAUUGACAGCCACUAGAGGCGCUUGCGUGCUUCUCACUGUGAUUUUCACAGUGAGAGCACGCCAGCGUCCAUAGGAAAGCAUUAUGAAUGCUUUCCUAUGUGACCGGCUGAAUGCGCGCGCAGCUCUUGCCGCGCGUGCGCAUUCAGCCGACGGGGAGGAGAAGAGGAGGAUCAGAGGAGGAGAGCUCUCCGCCCAACGCUGGAAAAAGGUAAGUUUUACCCCCUUUCCCCCUUCCAGAGCCGUGCGGGAGUGGGACCCUGAGGGUGGGGGCACCCUCAGGGCACUAUAGUGCCAGGAAAACGAGUAUGUUUUCCUGGCACUAUAGUGGUCCUUUAAUAUUGUUUUUUGUAGUUUUUUUUGCAUGCUCAGAUCUUUAUCAUUUUUGCACAAAAUAAAAUUGUUUUGCAGAAUGCUGCACUAUACACCCCUCAUCCCAAAAAUCAAGUGAAUGCACACAGUCUCAGCCCCAACAGAACUGUGUUGUUUUUAAUUCACAAACUAGCAGCAAGCAGUCAGAGAAGCUAUAAACAGUUAGUGAUAUUCUUAUGAUAUGCCUGGCUGCAUACACUUAUUAAAGAAGUAUUUUCUAGAGUGAAGGGGUGUAGCUAAAGAGGCAGGCUUAUGGUGUAGCAUUCUGCAAAACAUUAUUAUUAUUUUUGUUUUAGCAAAAACGAUAUAGAUUUGUCAACGCAAACAAUACAGCAUAUUAAUGAGGCCAAAACCUAUGAAAUGCAUUAAAGUUGUAUUGGUGAACGGAGUGUCCCUUUAAGCAUGGUGCACUGAGUAGAUAUGGGUGCUUUUGUAAUGAAAAAAAAUGGGAUUUUAUGACAUGAGUUGUGGAUGUAAAUAUGGUAAUUGCAUAUAGGAAAGUGGUUGUUCAGAAUAGGAACAGUUAUAAGAUACCUUAAAGAAAACAAGACUGUAAUAACUGGCCUAGAAAGGCAGUGGUAGUGGCCUCCGGAUAAAUGACGUCAUCACAAAAUCUGAAAAGCUUUUUAAAGAGCAUGCAUGAUGAUAUCACAGAAUCUUCAUUUUUUUUCAAACAUUUGCAUAAAUCAAUAACUUUUUUCUGUUUCUUAAUUUAGUUUCUUAAUGAGCCAAAUUAUUCAAAACGUGUAUCUGAACAGAUUUCAGAUCUAGAAGAAACCCUCAACUUACAAGAAAAAGUAAGUAUAAGCUUUCUUGCAUUUUUUUUUUACAUUCUUUAUUUAGACUUGAGCAGUAGACAGUGCAGUGUACAAUGACAGCAAAUAAUAGUACAAAUGUUUAACGUCAGUAGUGACAGAACAAUCAGUAUCAAUAACAGAGGGCUAAAGGAUUACAGUAUUGUGGUACAAAGUACAGGAUGAGAAGACAUAUAUACUGCAUUGAUUUAAAUACAUGUAAGUUUAGUAAUCUUGCAUCUUAACAUUUAUACAGUUGGUGCGAGUGUAUAUCAUUAGACCCGUCUGCUGAAUGCAUAGUGGAUAUCUUAGGUACCAGAUGGUUGUCCACUCUCUAUGAGGGAUCAUGUGUUAUCUCUAUGUUACCCACUCCUUAAGUAUUUUUCCUGGUCUGGGGAUAUUCCCUUCCGAAGACUAAGAGAGAGAGCAGGAAAAGAUAAAGAAGAAGACGGGUCCGCACAAAUGAGGUUCCGAGAGAGAGAAAGAGGUGCGGGGUGUCACUCAGGCACCCCCCAAUCAGGGGCUAAUAGGUCUACAUUAGUUGUCGGCUAAGUCGAUUAGUUGAGGAAGGACCCAUUGCUCCCACGCCUUAGUGAAGGUUUUUAGCAUUCCUUUUACUUGGGCGGUCAGUUUGUCCAUUAAGUAUGUAUUUUUAAGGUUUAGUAGUACCAUGUCAAUGCAUGGGACCUCUGACCCUAACCAGGUUUGAGCUAUUGACCUUCUGGCAGCCAGGGCAAUUUUGUGAAUCAAUUUUUGUUCUGGUCUAGUCCAUCCAUCGAGUGGUGAGAGUGGUCUAGAUAGCAAGAGUACCCAUGGGUCCGGCGUCAUUGGUCUGUGGAAGAUGUUUGUUAUUAAUUUGCUUUCUUUUCUCCAGAGCAUUUGGACCUGGGGGCAGUCCCACCACAUAUAUUUGUACAUGCCUUUAUGUCCGCAUAGUCUCCAACAUUAGUUGGUAGGGGUUUUGUGCAUGUGAUAAAGCUUGACCAGGGUAGUGUACCACCGGAACAUAGUUUUAUAUGAUUGUUCUUGAAUUGUAACACAUAUUGAGGUCUGCACAUUGGCCACCCAGAUGUCCUGAUGUCCUGCCAGUCAGUGCCCUCUAGUGUCUCCCCCAGCUCUGUUUCCCACUGAUCUGUAUAACGCAGUCCCCCCAGUUCUCUGUGCUUAAGUGUGGGUAAAGAAAAAAAAAGGAAAAAUAGGUUGCGCCACAGUUAACUAAACGUAAUAUAGACUGCAAAAAUUUACUUACAUAUAUUGAACAGAGCAAGGAAAUAUAUAUUACAAGGUACAGGUAGUCUUGCCAGUGCUUGAGUUUUGUGUGAAUUUAAGUGGAUUCUUGGACUUGAACUAGAUGAGUUUUCUCAGUGCAGGUUGGAAUAUGUGAACAUAAAAAAAACACAAAAAACCCUCCAAUAGUGUAGAUGGCAAAUGACCAGAGGAGGAAAGAUUCUCAACAAUGUGGUAUUUACACUCACCUAUUGGAGAGCUAAAACUAGCUCGGAUAUAAUUGGCAUUCAGUGGCGUCAAUCCCCCACUGGUAGGAUAUGAGUGAUGAUAGCCAAACAAAGGUCCUCGGUAUUUGGGAGAAAUAAAAACAAAUAUAGUGCUCGCUGUGCUUUUAACAAAGCAGAUAAAUGUAGAAACGUAAAGUACUCACAUUUAAGUGAACAGAAAUAUACUGCUCACUAUAAUAGCGUAGGUGGUACAAUCCCCACCUAGGGAUUCUUGGGCAUGUGACUGCUCCGAAGUAGCUAAUGACCAGGUUAAAAAUGAAAAAAAUAAUACUAAAAAAUGUAAUUACUAACAAGAAAAGUGAAUAAAAAAGGUAUAUGGCAUAUAUGAAUUAAAAAGCCAAUAUUCCUUUAUUAAUAUACAUAAAAAACAAAUAAAAACAGCCUAAACGCGUUUUGCCACACAGGGCUUUUUCAACUGGCAAUAGAAACAUCAACCUGGUAUAUGAAUGCUUAUAAAGGCUUUGUAAUCUUAUGCUAAUUCAAAUUUUGUCACCAAAAUUAUGUAAUUUGCAUAAUACAUAUGAGCAGUACAAAACAUAAAUAGAGUUAAUAGAGUUAAAAAAUGCAUUAAAUAAGUUUAAUACAACAAUAGAAACAUAGCGAUAUAUUUUUGUUGGGGAACAUUAAGUUAAGACCAUACUUUAAAACUGCAGGGUAUCUUUACACAGGAAAUUAAAAACAGAACAUAAGUGUUUUUAACAUAGUAGUUCCAUAAUGAUGCAGUAUCAGUUACGAUCAUAAUUUAAAAACCCAUAGCAGUGUUGUUUGGCAAGUGAAAUAGGAGUGAAAAUCAAAAAGGUACAGAUCGAAUUAUAAUUGUCUGUUAGGUUACAACUUAUUUUUGGAGGUAGUAACCUACCUUGUUAGGUCAAGACCGGAAUUCAUCUUUAAUUUGGUAUAUAUGACCAUAGGUCUCAGCUUAAGUGGAAAGAUGAAAGGAGGAAAAUAGGAGACAUGUCAAAAAACAUUAAAAUAUAUCUAUAUGAAGAGAGAAGAAAAGGAAAAAUAUUUUUUUACAAUAUUUUUUUUAAAAGUAUGUAUAUGUUUAAAAUUUAAUAAUAAAUGUAAAAUACAGAUAUAUAAAAAAAAAAAUUUUUAAUAAACUAUCGAAGGAUAAGUAACAUGAUGAGUAAUAAUGAGAUAUGUUGAUACAAAAAAAUAAUAAUAAAUUUAAAAAAUAUUUUAAAUAAAAAAUGUAAUUAUUAAAAAUUAAAAAGGUCGAAUUCAGCAUUUAGCCCUUCUGGAGAGAGGGUUUUAAGCUGUCUCCGCCUCUCCAUGGAAUAUUGACUAGUUCUAUUCCAAUAAUUUUUAGAUAUUUCGGGUCUUUAUUGUGUGUUAGAAAGUGUUUAGAGACUGAAUGGUUUUCAUACCCUAUUCUGAUAUUACGGCAGUGUUCUGCCAGUCUAACUUUAAGGCAUCUUUUGGUCAUGCCUAUAUACUGAAGUCCACACGGACACUCCAACAUAUAUAUAACAUUUCUGGAGUUACAACUGAUAAAAUCUUUAAUUGGGUAUGUUCUUUUUGUGUUAGUUGAAGCGAAAUGGGUGGUUAUAGACUUAGUCGUUUUUUUUUUUUGCUUUACAUUUCUGUUUUGAGGGUUUAUGAGGGAACCUCAUAUCCAUAGGUUGCAGCCUUAUACUUACCUCAGCUUUAGGUUGAUCAUACAAGCGCUGAUCCAACAUCCACUUCUUUUAAGUGUGGGUAAAGCCUAGUGAUGAGGCCCUUUUGGUAAAUUUCUGCGUCACAAAUCUUUUUGAAGAAUGUUAGCUGUGUAUGGGCUGCCUUUUUGAUGUGUGAUUGUUGGGCAAAGUCCCUGACCUGUAGGUACUGGAAGUAGUCUGAUGUUGUUAGUGUUGUCCUGUUUUUAAGUUCAUCGUAGGGGAUAAUGUUGUCACCUAUGUACAUUUGAUAGAUUCUUUGGAGACCCGCAUAUUCAAUCCCUUUAAAGUCUCUAGGUCUCAUUCCGGCCAUCUCUUGCAUUUUUAUUAGCAAAUUAACAUAAGCAAGAUGUAUAACUACCUGAAAGUGACAUUAUCAUACCUUUUAUCAAUGAUAGGCCUAUUAUAUUAUAGGCUGCAUCACCGAUGUAAGAUUAUACAGUUUCUGAAAAUAAUGUAUGACACAAUUAAGCUAAUGCAGUUUGUUUUGAUACAUGCAUCCAUGACACAACAAAUUUGACUUUUACCUGUCCUAUUAGGGUAAUUGUAUUUAGGGUAAUUAUUUAGGGCAAUUGUGUAUAACAAUACCAAUAGUUUUAAUAAUUUAACAAUCAUAAACUAUAAAACAGUAUCUGGAUUUCCAGAAAUAUAAAUAAAUAAAUAGGAAAACACGUUGAUGAUAUUCUCUUUAUAAUUACACCAAUAUGCAGUUGGACUACUUUUCAUGGUAACAAGAUGAAUGGGGACAUUCUAGUUUAGUUAGCUGGUAAUUGGUUCAUGUUUAGGAUUUGUGAGGGAUGUCUUUAUGGUUUUGAAACCACUGGAAUAUGUCUGGUAGAAAUUAGUUGUAUUAUUAAAAAACAAACGUUAAACAAUUCCAAGCAGCAAAGGAUAAUGGCCAAGCCAAAUUUAUCAUAACAUACACUAUCCAGCUACAUGUGGCUGUCAUGUCAUGCUAUAGAACAAAAAUAAUGCUUUUAAUUAUUUAUUUUUAUUAUUAUUUAGCAACAUGAGAAAAAUGUGAAUGGCUACAAAAGAAUCAUUAAGGAUUUGGAAAAGAACAUUAAUAAAAAGAAUCAAGCCAACAGCCAGUUGGAAAAGGAUCUGAAAGACACACUGCUGUCAUUCUCCGAAAGAAAACAUAUUUAUGAUGUUGUUGGUGAGUGUGUAAAAUAUAAACAUAAAUAUAUUAGUACAGUGCUAAUAUUUGCAAAUGCACCUCACCAGAUUAUCUGAGUCACUUGUGUUCGGUUAAUGGUUGUAAUAUACAGUAUAUCAAUUUGCAUGUUUUGUAAGCUAUGUUUUAGAUUUGAUGGGAAAUUCAAGAAGAAAAAAAUAGCACUGAUAGAAAAUUAUUACAAAUACUGAAUUUAAGAUAUUUAUUAUAGACACUGUAAUGAAACAGCAUUAAAAAAGACCUCAGCUCUACUGUAGCAAAGUUUAUAAUGGCACUUGUCAAUAAUCUGUUAGAAUGACUCCCCUUUUCCUUCCUGACUGCAGAUACACCACCCAAACCUAACUUUAAAGGGACACUAUAGUCACCAAAACAACAUUAGCUUAAUGAAGCAGUUUUGUGUAUAGAUUAUGCCUCUGAAGUUUCACUGCUUAAUUCUCUGCCAUUUAAGAGUUAAAUCACUUUUUUCUGUUUAUGCAGCCUUAGCAAUCCUGUGACUCACACAGCCUACAUGAAACCAAAAUGGUUUCAUUUUUAAUAAGAUGUAACUUACUUAAAAGUUUUUAUCUCCUGCUCUGUAAAUUGAACUUUAAAGGACCACUAUAGUGCCAGGAAAACAUACUCAUUUUCCUGGCACUAGAGUGCCCUGAGGGUGCCCCCACCCUCAGGGUCCCCCUCCUGCCCGGCUCUCGGGAGAGGAAAGGGGUAAAACAUAGAAAAGUACCCAAAGAUGAGGGCAUAUGGAGAGAAGAACCAACGUCUAUCUCUCACAAUACACUCAACUAAGGGUAUGCCCACUAAGAGGGUGUAUAUAACAUCCCCUGGUAAACAAAAAUGAAUAGAAAUAAAAAAAUAUACAUGAAAAAUAAAAAAUACUUUAUUGACAAAUGAGAUUAGAUAAAAUACAUGGGGUCCGGGAUGGGGGGAUGGCCCAUAGUUCGUGAGAUUGUAAUGGUACAAAAAGGAGGCAGCCAGGCAGAUAUGAAUCACUCUAAGGCAAUACUAUAAGCCAAUAGGUAAAUGGGAGCUUGUGUGUUCAAAGUAACGAAACACAUUAGUGAACGGGAAUUAUCUGCACAAAGUGUAAUCAAACUCCUAUUAUGGGAAUAACAUCGAAUAGAUAGGGUGUAAUUCCCUGGAGUUUGUAACGAGCUAAAAACCUGUUAAUAGAAUAGAAAAGAAAUCAAGCGGGAAACCUGCUGACUACUAACAGUGAGGUAGACUGAAAUCAAAAAAUAUGUAUAUUCAAAGUAAAGAGAGAUGAAAUCAAAAGAAGAGAGAAUUUCCUCUUAUAUGUGAUGAUACCCAGGUACCUCAAUUCAUCUGUAUAGAAGUCAGCCCCACAGUUCAAAGAAUAACUUUUUUUACCAAGUUAGACUUAGACCUAGGCGGUUCUCCUUUUCUAUUACCUCGAGCUGGUAGCUCAGCAUAGCGGAACUCAUUUAGAAUCUUUAGCCUAGUCAGUUCACUUUCUAUUUUAUUUACUAAGUCGGAUUUGGAUCUAGGUGGUUUCUCUUUUUUACUACAUUGAGUUGGAAGCUCAGCUUAACGAUUGAUCAGCCUAGUUCAGUCAGCCACUUUUUACUCUGCUGUCUGACUUUAGAUCUAGGCGUACAUUUCGAGUGAGCAGCUCAAUAUAUAUUUAGAUAUAUUCUUUAUAUUUGUUACCUAUACGGUCACUAUUUUUCAUUUUUUCAUUUUUUGAUUUGGGCUAGCAUGGGGCUCGGUAUUUGGGGAUGAUGUGCCUGUCGGCUGAGAGUCGUUUUUCUGUCUAUGUAGGAAGCAGGGGCAGAGUUUGGAGCCAUAUUCUAUGUACAAUUAACUCUGUUUAGUGCAACAUUGUACACCUUUGCUCUCAAGCAAUAAUUUCAGGGUACAUAGUACUUUGGUCACAAACUUGACAACAUUUUGCUACAAACUAGCUAUAUAUUUCUAAUACUGCACGUUUUGACCUGUACUUGCAGGCAGCCUAUUAUUCUUUGAACUGUGGGGCUGACUUCUAUACAGAUGAAUUGAGGUACCUGGGUAUCAUCACAUAUAAGAGGAAAUUCUCUCUUCUUUUGAUUUCAUCUCUCUUUACUUUGAAUAUACAUAUUUUUUGAUUUCAGUCUACCUCACUGUUAGUAGUCAGCAGGUUUCCCGCUUGAUUUCUUUUCUAUUCUAUUAACAGGUUUUUAGCUCGUUACAAACUCCAGGGAAUUACACCCUAUCUAUUCGAUGUUAUUCCCAUAAUAGGAGUUUGAUUACACUUUGUGCAGAUAAUUCCCGUUCACUAAUGUGUUUCGUUACUUUGAACACACAAGCUCCCAUUUACCUAUUGGCUUAUAGUAUUGCCUUAGAGUGAUUCAUAUCUGCCUGGCUGCCUCCUUUUUGUACCAUUACAAUCUCACGAACUAUGGGCCAUCCCCCCAUCCCGGACCCCAUGUAUUUUAUCUAAUCUCAUUUGUCAAUAAAGUAUUUUUUAUUUUUCAUGUAUAUUUUUUUAUUUCUAUUCAUUUUUGUUUACCAGGGGAUGUUAUAUACACCCUCUUAGUGGGCAUACCCUUAGUUGAGUGUAUUGUGAGAGAUAGACGUUGGUUCUUCUCUACAUAUGCCCUCAUCUUUGGGUACUUUUCUAUUAGCGUUUUUGUUGGGUUAACCCCUCCUAUGUUGUCCAUCUAGUCCUUCUGUGACUCCAGGAGUGGAUUGUCUCCAGUCCUGCGGUCACUGUUUUCUCUUUCUAUCAAGGGGUAAAACAUACCUUUUUUUCAGCGCCGGGUGGGGAGCUCUCCUCCUCCUCUCCGCCUCCGAUCCUCCCAUUCGGCUGAAUGUGCACGCGCGGCAAGAGCUGCGCGCGCAUUCAUCCGGUCUCAUAGGAAAGCAUUCAUAAUGCUUUUCUAUGGACGCUUGCGUGUUCUCACUGUGAUUUUCACAGUGAGAAUCAUGCAAGCGGCUCUAGCGGCUGUCAAUGAGACAGCCACUAGAGGAUUUGGAGGAUGGAAUAACCCAUUUAUAAACAUAGCAGUUUCUCUGAAACUGCUAUGUUUAUAAAAAAAUGGGUUAACCCUAGCUGGACCUGGCACCCAGACCACUUCAUUAAGCUGAAGUGGUCUGGGUGCCUAGAGUGGUCCUUUAAUCACACACAGGAGGCUCCUGCAGGGUCCAGUUAGCUUUUCACAGAGCAGGAGAUAAGGAAUUCUAAAUUAAGAGUUGUUCUGGUGUGUAUAGUCGGUCCCUGCAGGCUUUUUGCUGUAAACACUGCUUUUUCAGAGACAUUGCUAUAAAACAGUAUCUAGUAUCAGAGAAAAAGCAGUGUUUAUAUUAGUGCCUAGAAACACCUCUGGUGGCCAAUCCCUCAGAUGUAUUUAGUGGGUGCAGCCAGGGCCGCCAUCAGGGGGUGACAACCGUGACUAUUGUCACGGGCCUGGGGGGCCCGGACUGCUCUGGCAGUCCCGGGCCCCACUUUCUUUCUCUGCACACAUAGAUAGCACAUAUCGCUAUCUAUGUGUGCAGCCGCGGGCCCCCGGCUCCCUGUUACCGCAGAGGGGGCCCAGGCAGCACACAGCUUCUCCUCCUGUCUUCUCUCUUCUCAUAACUCUCGCGAGACCCGCGGAGCGUUGCCAUGGUAACCGGGUCUCGCGAGAGUUAUUAGAAGAGAGAAGAGAGGAGAAGCUGUGUGCUGCCUGGGCCCCCUCUGCGGUAACAGGGAGCCGGGGGGCCCCCACCGGACCACCAGGGAUGGAAUCUCCCCCCUCCAUGGACACAGGUAAGCAGGGAGGGGGGAGAAACAUUUAAUUAAAUUAAUUAAAAAUUAAUGUUAAAAUGCCCCUUCCUCCCCCUCCCCCCCAGAUUGCACAUAUACACAGCACACACUACAUACACUAACACACAACACACACACUGCAUACACUAACACAACACACACACUGCAUACACUAACACACAACACACACUGCAUACACUAACACAACACACACUGCAUACACUAACACACACACUGCAUACACUAACACAACACACACACUGCAUACACUAACACACAACACACACUGCAUACACUAACACAACACACACACUGCACACACUAACACACAACACACACUGCAUACACUAACACAACACACACACUGCAUACACUAACAUAACACACAACACACACCAUACACUAACACACAACACACACCAUAAACUAACACAACACAAACACACUGCAUACACUAACACAACACACACUGCAUACACUUACUCAACACACACACUGCAUACACUAACACACACACUGCAUACACUAACACAACACACACACUGCAUACACUAACAAAACACACACACUGCAUAAACUAACAACACACACUGCAUACACUAACACAACACACACACACACACUGCAUACACUAACACAACACACACACUGCAUACCCUAACACAACACACACACACACACACACUGCAUACACUAACACAACACACACUCUGCAUACACUAACACAACACACACUCUGCAUCCGCUACACUAACACACACUCUGCAUCCGCUACACACUAACACACUCUCUGCAUUCACUACACAUUAACACUGCAUUCACUACACUAACACACACUCUGCAUCCGCUACACACUAACACACUCUCUGCAUUCACUACACAUUAACACACACUCUGCAUUCACUACAAAUUUACACACACUCUGCAUUCACUGCACUAACACACACACUACAUUCAUUACACUGACACGCUCUGCAUUCACUACACACUAACACACACUCUGCAUUCAUUACACACUAACACACACUCUGCAUUCACUAAACUAUGCACAUACUCUGGAUUCACUAUACUGACACACACUCUGCAUUCACUACACUAACAUACACUCUGCAUUAACUGGACACACAGCAUCCACUAUACAAACAUCCUGUAUUCACAGUACACACACUACAUCCACCACAAAUUGAAACACUCUGCAUUCACUAUACACAGACACUGCGUCUAAUACACACACUACAGACACUGCAUCCACUAAACACAUUUCAUCUAGUACAUACAAACACUACAUCCACUACACAAACACACACUACAUCACUGUACACACACUACAUCCACUACUCAAAUACACUCUGCGUUCACUAUACACACUGCAUCCGCUACACAAACACACACUCUGCAUUCACUGCACAAACAGUAUCUAAUACACACAAACACUACAUCCAUUACACACAUUCUAAUUCACUUCCACUAUACACACACCACAUUCAGUCCUGCAUCAUUGUGAGCGGACUAGGUAGGGCGUGGGCGGGCCUGGGAGGAGGGGGGGGGGGGCCAGACCUUGUGCUUUGUCAUGGGCCCCAAAAUGUCUGAUGGCGGCCCUGGGUGCAGCUCUGCCAUUCAGUGUCUCCACGCUCUGUGUGGAGAAACAAUGAAUUCUCCACAUAGGGAUGCUGAUUGACUAGAAUAAAAUCUCAGCCAAUCCAAUGCUUGCCUAUGGUGGUUUUAAAUGUGCAACCCUCUAGUGAACUACCAAAAAUUCACAGUGUAGUAAAUGGUUUCCAUAAUGGAAUAGCAAUGUGAAAGUGUAGUAAAUGGUUUCAUUUAACUAUUUAACAUUUAUUUUUAGACAAAGGAGAAUUCUCAAGGGAAUUUCUCAUUUUGGUCCAAAACUGCUGAAUUGGAAAAAAAAUUGUGAAUCCUCCAAUAUUUCCAGCUUAAUCAAUAAGGUCCAUAGGUUAUGUUAGUUAAUCUAAAAGAACAACAAUUGAAAAAGGUGGUGGAAAACUAGUGAUACAAGAUUUUUGAAAUAACCGACUGUGUUUUGUUAUUGUUUCAUUAUUACAGGCUCCGAGCAAAGUUCCGCCAACAGCGCAAAAGAUCGGUACAGGGACAUUGUAAAACGCAGAAAGCUGUUGGACCUGGCAAGAGCACAAGCUCAAGAGAUUGCUGUACUGCGGGCUGAAGUAGAUAGAUUAAGGAUGAAAACCUUCCCUGCUUUAAUACAAAUGGAAUACUAGAUAGUAGCCAAGGAAUACAGUAAAUGAAGGGUUAAUUAAAAACCUCAAAUGAAAGAUGUAUGUGUUCAUUUUAACUUUGUAUAAUUUUGGGUUUACUGAUAUAUUCAUUUCUCACUAACCACGCAAUUCCUUGUUGAUAUUUAAAAUAUAUUCCAGUAAAAUGUUCC